ACACACACACGCACACAUAUAUACACCGAGUUACACAGUAGGGGGCGGGCAGGAAACUGCUAUUACAUCCCAGGAGAGACACUCACACCCACUGGAGACACCGAGGGGGAAGAGGGGAGACCUAGCGAGGGACACAGGAAGGAAUACGAGCUCCAUAAGGAAAAGAAGCAGACAGGAAUAGUGACCGGCUGUCACAUCCCUGGGAGCACAAGGGACAGAGUGUUACUGGAAGUGCGGGCGUUCGAUCUCAGAAUGUCAGUGAUCAAAGAGUGAGUAUGGCUGGAUAUACGCAGCUCCCACAUCUCUGCCUGUCUGUGCGUGGAGUGGCAAUGUGUAUAUGCCUUUAUUGGGGAUUUUUGUUUACUUGAAAGCCAGAGACUUGUUGUUGAGAGAGAAAAUAAAUCGAGGCUUAUUCACUAAACAAUAAAUUGUAGUGAAUUAAAAACUAAACUGGAACAUGUAGGGCAACCUAUAUGGAAGCAUUCUCCUAUGUCUGUGUUGUUUACAACUUGGCUGUGUUUGGCUUGUUUUUGACAUUUGACUUAAAAAUCUCAACAGUUCACUGUUUAGUCAACAGACCCCUUUGUCGUUAUUACAGCUGAGUGUAUACUUUUGCACAAAGUAUAAAACUUGUGCUUGGGUCAUGCUGUAUCCCUAUUCAAUAAACAGGAGUGAAUUGAAAAUCAGACUACACAAUUUAGGCCAAAAUAGUUGAUAUGGAAAAAUUCUCCAACUUGGAUGUAGUUACAGCAUCACUGUUUUCUGCCUGAAUUCUGUUAUUCACAGUCCACUGUUUAAUGAAUAGUUGUGCACUUUGGGAUUGUUUGUCUCUGUUACCUUCGUGUGUGUGUGUGCGUGUGCUCUUGAAAUAUUGUUCAGCAUUAGUGUAGGCAUAUUAUUUUUAUUAUUAUUAUUUAAAAAGCCCCAACAAAUUACGUAGCGCUGUACAAUUGGUCUAAUAUAUUCACUUUUGUGUAAAAAGCGUUAACUGUGUGUUUAAAGAUUUCAUUAAUACAGUAAUCUAUCUAGUUGUUUUUUUCUGGUCUCUCUAAAAUCUGUUUGUUCAUAUGCACAAUAUGUCUGUAUCUGUGUAUAUACAUCAAAUGGAUUUAGAACUGUGGAUUCUGUGCAAUGCAUUUGUGCAUAAAUAAAGUUUUAACGUGUUUAAAACAUACUCCUAAAUACAUGGUUAAAAGCCAGGAACUCUCAUUAUAUAAUCUGCCCAUCAUUUCAAUAGGUUGGUGACAUGUCAUGCAAUAAAACCUUGACAUCUCCUCCUGAUUUACUUUGAAUCGUUCCAGAACACUUAAAUGCAUUAUUUCCAUCUGCAUCUUUUCUAUUCCAUGAAUUUUCUAUUUGUAAAAUAAGUCGUUUUGUUUUUUAACAUAGGGUUUUGGGUAGGGUUUCUUCACACUUAGGACAGUAAAUGGAUAUAAAUGUUCUGGCCUUCCAGAAAUUGGUGAGGGUUGCAUGCCUUAUCAGUUGCUUUUUGCGGCAGAUGUACUUGUUUCAGCCUCUCUCUAACCAUUGACACGCAGGGAGGAAAGCUCUGGACACAGACAGGGUUAUACACUAAUGUGAAAACGAUCAGGCAUUAAAUCUGGUUAUUUAAAAUUAAAGGCGAAUAUAACCAGAUUUAAGGCAAAGCUGACUGAAUUCCUGACAAUUUUCUCCUGGCAUGUUAGAAACAUGAGAGGGGCUGAAUUUUGCUGAGAGAUUGUCUGUCUGUCUGUGAAUUGACAAAAAAACUAAACAAAAAAAAAAAAACACCUGCAAACUAUUUAUUUAACAAAAACUGGAAAAAUUCUCAAAAGCAGUUUUGGCCUAAAAUUCCCUUGUUAAUUCUCCACAUGUUUUGGCAUUAGUGAAUUAUACACUUGCAUGUUUUUUUUUUUUCUAUCGCUUUUAGAGAUUUUCAGUUCAUGUACUCAUCUGUCUGUGUACGAUGUUUAGUCACCAGACCGUGAAUUGAUAGUAUCCUGUAGUAUUUUGCAGCUACUCCAGUACAGGGCUAUGAAUAAAUAUCCAAUAUGAAUUUUACAUAUGAAAUACUAGAGAGAAAUAUCUAAUAGGAUGUAGUUUUAAAUGAUAAAGUAGUGAAAUAAAAUGCUUACAUGGAAAUUUGGAAGUCCUGAGAACCUUCUGGAGUUAUCUUAUGAUUGACAUGAAGCGGUUUGCCUAUUCUGUUACUGCAAUCCUCUUCCAAUCACCUAAAAGCCACAUUUUUGAUUUAAGAUCUUUUGAUUAUAACAUUGGUUGAUUUGGUAAAUAAUUUUUUUACCUUUUUAUACUUAAAAUGAACAAGAAUGUAUAUUUAUAUCUCUCAAUCUGUAUACGCAGACAUUUGUGGAACUUACUGUCUAAUUCUUCAUAUAUUUGUGCCACUAUGUAAAUACACCGUGAUCACCCUGGGACAUGAACAGAAUGUACAAAAAUAUGUUAUAUGAUGUCUCCAUUAAUUUGGAGUCCUGUCACUUUAGGGCUUUGCUGUCACAUGACGUUACUGCUCUAUGCUCUUGUAUCAAAGUGGCUCUGUCACUUUUGAGCUGUAAAAUAGGGUUCAAAUUUUUUAAAAGUUCUUUUUGACCGUGUUGAAAUUGAACGAAAUCACAAGACAUACACAAGUCAAAAUAGGGACUAUAUUGUUUACGUGCCGCUCUGUGACAGUGGGCCAGAGUUUUCAUUUCACAUCAGACAUUGGUUGUGACAGCUGAUGGAAACUGACUUAAUCUUUCAUGAUGUGCAGUAGAUAUCUAUGGCUUCUUAUUGAUCUAAUAUAUUAAUAAAUACCAGGCACUCCUUAACCAUGUCCUGCCCCUCCCCCUUUUUAGCCCCCAAACCUGUAAAAAAAAAAAAAAAAGAGUACCGUAUAAGUCGAGUUUUUCAGCACAUUUUUUGUGCUGAAAAAACCCCACUCGACUUAUACUCAAGUCAGUGUCUGUAUUAUGGCAACUUACAUUGCCAUAAUACAGACCAGGACCACUGGGCUCAUUACAAGCAUGGCGGUCCUGUUGAGGGCUGGCAGCGAGCUGUAACUUACCUUUCCUACAGUUCCUGUCAGCUCCCUUCUCCUCUGUUCCAAUCAGCUCCCUUCUCCUCCACUGUAAAUCUCGCGAGAGCCGCGGCUUCUGAGCGUUACACACAGAGAGUGCGUAUAUAAUGCUGUGUGUGUGUGUGUGUGUGUGUGUGUGUAUGUAUAUAAUUAUAAAAAUCACAGAAUUUCAUAGCCCCAAGUUUUACCCUCGACUUAUCCAUGAGGCAUAGCAUAUUUCACAAUUGUUGGUCACAAAACUGCAUUCGACUUAUACAUGAGAUCGACUUAUACACGAGUAUAUACGGUAACAUAACUGGAAUGCAGUACUGGCCAAUGUUCUCUUUUAGCGUUUUGAAGCAGUCAAACACACUCCUUUCUCUGUGGUCCAAUCAAAUACUUCUCAUAGAGAUGCAUUUCAUUGGACCGUUCUCACUGGUCCAGAGCGCGUAUGCACGCUCAGAGCUGGGGAAGGAGGAGAUUUAAAUAUCAAAAUGGAGGAAAGAAAUGUGGGGUGCUAGGGAGGGGCUUUAAGAUGGAUACAAGGGAGGUAGUGAGGGGGCAUUGAUCCCAGCGCUGCGUGCAAGGGUAAAAGCUGAUAAUGUCUGUUGCCAGUGUGCAGUGCACACUGAUAACAGGUGUACGUUUUUUGCAUAGAACUGUAAUUGGGCAGUCCUGGACAGAGGUAGUAACUAGUCCUGGCACAAACCUGCUAAUAUCUCUCAAGCAGAAACUUUGCACAAGCGGAUUUCUCUCACUAUGACCACUUCUUAAAGCAGAAGUGAUCAUGGUGUUAAGAGUAACCCUUUUAAUGUGCUUGGUGUAUUCCUUUUUUAAGGUAACUAUAUCUUCCUAACUGCUCUACCCUACCCCAGGUGCCACAGUACAAGAGGAUAUUUCACCUUGAGGGUUUAAAAAAAAAAAAAAAAAAAAGGUUUUGUUAAAGACCCCACAAUUGAUUGUGGCACUAAAAGCGGCACUAUCAGUCUGGGGAUCUGGUUGCCAGGGAGGCAGACUAAGGUGAGUUUUACUUACCUGAACCUGCCCCUCGCGUGCGUGAAAGUACAGCAUUGAAAUCUCUAGCAAGAUCCUCCAUAGACAGAACUAAUGGCAGGGAGAUUGACACUUCUAGACAGCAAUAGAUCCGUCCAGGGUCUAGAAGUGUCAGGUGUAGGAAAAAGUAGUCUCCCAAUGCUUUCCUAUGGGAAAGCAUUGUAUUGGCGGAGCUCAUCAAGAUUGAAGAUCUUACCCACAGAGGUGGGGCCAGGCAUAGAACUGGAGAAAAGGUACUUUAAUAAAAAAUUUAAAAUUGGUUGACAUUUUAUUUCCACAGAGGUGGAGACUGGGGAACUAAACCUGUAUUCCAGCACUAUAGUUGCAAGAAUACAUGUUUAUGUUCCUGACAUUAUAGUGUUCCUUAAAUCAUAUAGGUUAACUCCUAUGUGGAGAACAAUUUAAAUACAUCCAUUAUGUGUACACACAUUUGCAGAAUUACAAUGGGAUUAAGGUAUUUUCUGAGCUUUGCUUAUUUUACAACAUUUUUGCUGUAAUGAAGUGCAUGUUAUCUCUGCAGACACUAGUUCAAUUAACUUGGAUUAAUGAAUUUCAUUUACAAACAAUGUAAAUAUUGCAUAAAUAUAAAGCCUCAUGCUACAUAAUUAAUCCAUAUUUCAUGCUGAAUAACCUUUUGGACGAUAAUGUAUCUUUAUCCUUAGUUAGAUGUUUCAUCCAAAAGAUAUCAGAAUUUUUUUGUAUGUGUGUGUAUGUAUGUGUGUAUAAUAAUAAUAAUUUUUUUUAGAUAAAGAUAGAUAGAUAUAUAUAUUUCUCUUUAUCUAAAAAAAAUUAUUAUUUUUUUUUAUGGUUAUGUUCAUUGCUUAUUAUCCAUCCUGCUGAGACAUUAGAUGGGGAUUUUUAGGAAUGUGUGUAUUUUGCCAAAUUUUCAUAUAGUCAUAUAUGAACGCUCAUAUUAAUGGCACUAGUGAUUUUUGAAAAAAAAAAAAAAAUAGAAUGUAAUGGUGUUACUUUUUUAAUUAACAGGUAUAAAUGCAUAGAUCAGUGGAUCUUAAACCCAGGUUGUGACACCAUUUUGGGUCCUGGUGCUCUUUAUGUGGCUCCCACCUGCUUGGAACAGAUGACACAUUUUUACCAGGUUCCAGGCUAAUGUAAACAAUACAUUGAUUACUGUAGCAUCACUGACUUCCUCGGUAUAACGGUGACCUAUCUGACACUGGGAGUUUACUGAAUGAGUUGUGAAAAAUUUGUUUGAUGUAUUUUGGUUUUCGGGCAGUGGAGGGCCCUUUUUUAAUGUAUAUUGUCUCUUGACUUUGAAACCUCCUGUCUGCAUGGGUUUGGUUUCAUUUUGUGUUGACGUACAAAACAAAUAUAAUAAAACUAAUCUGCUUUGCUGCCCUCAUCCUAAGACUAAUUUAUCUGCCUGUGCUUUGGUAAAUUCUCUGCCACUUUUCAUCACCUAAAAGACUAUAUGGAAAGUGAUAUUAUACUUUUCUAUGGAUUGCACGUGAGCAUACUAGAAACUCAAUGGUACUAUUUAGUCUGUGAGGCAAAGUCAAGUUUGGGCACAAUAGCGAUACUGGUGCUUGUUUUAUCAAGGCAACUGUAUUCUAUGUAUAUGGCAUUAUUCUCAUCAAUCUAUACUCUUUUCGAUACAUCUUAGUCCUUAUUGCUAUUCAUUGUAUUGCAAUUUAUGUGUAAUUCUUCUGUUCUUAGUAUGACUGUUGAUUAGAUGUUUAGGUUUAUGAAAUACUCAGAAGUGACAGAGCUUCUUUAAUGUAUAUAAUUAUAUUUUAGGUAUACCUAAAGAGCAAUUUAGGCAUUCAAAAGUGGGAUACUGAGAGGUUGGUUUUUAAUCUAAUUUUAAAUGUGUAUGUGUGUGCUAAUAUGUCUGACGAACCUCGUUACAAGCUUCUGGAGGAGCCUGCUAGUCCGCUUCCUGCCCCAGGAUUAUGGGCCAUGCAACAUACACUGAAAAAAGGCUUGGUUUGUGCAAUUUUGCUUAGAUUGUUCGGGAACUGAACAGCCGCACGAGUCAGAGAUCACCCGGGUGCUUGUUAAGCCCAAUUUAUACUUUGUAGCAAUUUCCACCAAAGUGUUCUAAGUGUUCGUCUGAGUGGCUGCAUUUCAUAUGAACGACCAUGAGAUGGCGGCCAUCUUGCAGGCAGCGGUGUUUGGGCAUAAAUCUCAUGGAACUAAAAUCGGACACAGAAACUCCCGAACACCGCUGGACUUCCAUCAUCGCCUGCGUUCGGUUCUACCCCACUUAGAAAGGCAUUGUUCGGUGGAAACGUUCCCACGAACAAGGGGAACAGGCUACACAAGUAACUUAAGGAUCACGUUCAGUGUUUUAUGUACUUUUGUGCUCCCGAAAGAGAGCGACUGUUAGCCCUGAUUUCCUGGAACUGUUUUGGGCGUAGGACCAUGUGCACGGUUGGUCAAAUAAUGGACUUCCAUGAAAAUCCCGAAACCCCUGUACCGAUCUGGGUAAUUUGUGGAUAUGUUGGUCACCCACAUCAGGGCUAUCAAGGGAUGUGACUUUUGUGGGGUUUUCAUAUGUUUUGGGGGUUUUGUUGUAUUGUAUGUUUUUGUACCUGAGAAAAUUAAUUAUAUGUUCAUGUGCUCAGGUAAUUAUCUCUCCAGCACAGGGGAGGAGUGUGUGGAAUAUUUGAUUGUAACUAGUCUCUCUGGUCCAGCAGGGAAUGCCCCUGGAAUAUGUUUAAGGAAACCCCUUGCAUGGAGAGUCACAUAAAAGGCUCCCAUUAAACACAUUCGUUUUACCCCUUCAUGAAAUCUAGGCUCAUCUUUGGGGGAUUGGAGAGCUCUAAUCACUACUCUGCUGGAAACAGGAGAGCUAUAAUCACUGCAGCAAUUGGGAUUCGGGAGACUACUAACGGAUAUACUCAGCCGGAGUAUAGGGGGUCAGUUACAAUGUCAAAUUUCACAAAGUUGUGAAAUGCAAAGGAUCAACAAAGGGAUUGCAGGUUUCAGGCCAAAAUAUUCAAGAUGGAAAAUGUUUAGUUAAAGUAUUUUCCAAUUAGGCUCUUUGGACCUUUUGAUAUUUUAUCAUUUUAUCAAUAAUUCCCAAUUUUUUUGAAUGACCCUUUUCAUAAUGCAUUAACCGUUCCUUUUUUUAAUAUUUUUUUCUUUAUAUCGUUAUUUGCAUCCAUGUAUGCGCCUGGCCACAUCAUAGGCUAUAUCCUAGAAAUCUAUUUAGUUCCCCAUAUACAAGUUACCAGUGGUGUAUCCUGGUUUUGUGCUGCCCUAGGCAGGACAAAACUCAGGCACCCCCGCCCCACCUUCUAAAUACACACACAUUCACUGACAGCUACGCACACACUCGCUAACAGACACACACUCGCUAACAGACACACACUCGCUAACAGACACACACUCGCUAACAGACACACACUCGCUAACAGACACACACUCGCUAACACACACUCACUAAAACACACACUCACUAAAACACACACUCACUCUAACACACACUCACUCUAACACACACUCACUCUAACACACACACUAACAGACACACAGUCAGACACACACACACACUAACAGGCACACACACACUAACAGGCACACACACACACACUAACAGACACAAACUGUCAGACACACACACUAACACACACACAGUCAGACACACACACACACACACUAACAGACACACACACACACACACACACAUUAACAAUUUUUUAAUUUAUUUUUUUAUUUACCCCCUCUCCCCCCUUACCUUUGGGAAUGCUGGCUCCCAGCCUCACUCUGCGGCGCGCGAGGGAGCUGAGCGGACAGCUCAGAGGAAGAGCUCCCUCGCCAGCCUCCCGCCCAGCGCCGUCCGCCCACUCGGCAUGCCUGCUGGCCUCGCGGCUAAAUCGCCCCUGCAAGUUACUUGUAAGACUACAGAAAGUGUAGACUUAAAGCUGCAGCUAUAUUGAAUUGUGUAAAUGAAGACCGAGAGACCAGGAAGAUCCUUGCAUCAAAACCAAUGCAAAGAGCAUCGGCUAUUUUGGUUUCUGGAGUCUCCCUUUAACCCCUUAAGGACACGUGACAUGUCAUGAUUCCCUUUUAUUCCAGAUGUUUGGUCCUUAAGGGGCUAAUAAUGAACACUCUUGCAAAUUUAAAAGGACAUUUCCUCAAGGAUUUUACAGCAUUGUACUGCAUUUAUUUUUUUGUUUAAAAAAACAAAAACAAAAAAACCCUCUUAUUGGAUAUUAACACUGGACAUUUAUUUCCAUAAUUUUAAUUGCUGUUAUCACUGUAUGUAAGAAAAAGCAACUUUCUGUGUCUAUGUAUAACACUAUAGCAUCAGGAAUACAUGUGUGCAUUCCUAACAUUAUAGUGUCCCUUUGGAGUAGACUUUCUUGUUUUGACAAUGACAACCGUGAUUACUCAUUCUCAGAUUAUAAUUAAUCCACUUGUGUUUAUAUAAGGAUAUUUUUACAAUUUGCACAGUUGGAGAAUUGGGGACCAAUAUAUAAAAAUAAGUUUAGUGUGCUUGAUGGCAAAUUUAGGCUCAACCUCAUAGGAUUUGUGUUUCAGUAGCUUAAUGGCAACUUCUGUUUUACUGCUUGGAUGUUCUUAUUUUUUUCUAUUUUAUGUGUAAAGCAUAUUGUAAAGAGAUAGCAACUGAUCUAGUUUUGAUUUCCUGCAAAGUGAUAACAUUGCUAUAGUUAUAGUGGACCCUUAUGCAAAGUCCCCAGACAGUUGUUUUCAUUGCAAACCUUGAGCAUGGAAAAAAAAAAAAAAGAGAAUAUUACUAAAUGAACACUCCAGGAACCAUUUUAGAACAUUUUGACUUAUCUGGGGUCCCCUGGGCAUUGCUCCUAGUCUAUACUACAUCUUCAGAACCUGCUUAGCUGCUUCCGUUGGAAAGGGUCAGCAGAUUGCCUGAAGUCAGUGAGCUAAGGUCUGGGCCACUGGACUCCGCUCAGACUGAGCUUCCGGAGGUGGGGAGUGGCAUCCACCAGACUCUAGGUAAAAAAAAUCUAACUCUUGCAAAAUGCAACACACUGUUGUGGUUAUUGUGCCUGGAAUAUUUCUCUUAACGUGCACACCGUUAAUUUUUUUUCAUUUUAAGCAACACAUACUGCAUUGUAUGUGCUUCAGAGGCAUAUUGCCAUAUUUUAUAUCAAACUUGUUGAUCUAGAAUAAACUUUUAAAGAUCAUGUGUGUUUUUUUUUUUGUUUGUUUUUUUGCAGGGGGGUGGAGGGGUUAAAUUAAUUUAUAACCUAUUCUGCAGUACUUUCUCAUGUGACAUGGAGAAUGUGUAAUAGAUUGUGUUGACAAAUACAUGUUAACAGAAAUAAGUGGGUUGUCUAUAUGAAUUUACAAUAUAGUACGUUUUCAGACAAAAAUAAAAAUGCUGUAGAAGACUACAUACAUUUUCCAGUUUGAAGCUGGAUAGUGUUAUACUUUUAAAUCUUGUGGUUUUAUUUUUUUAUUUUUUAUAUAUAUAUAUUUUUUUUUUUGACAUUCGAAUGGAGUUUGAGGAAAGCAGCCUAAAGUAGCCAGACCUGAGCUUUCAGUAGUACAGUUGAUAUGCUAGUUUUGUUGCUAAAUAUAAUUACAAAGUCUAUGCAGAAAAGAAGUGGACAGACAGUUGCUGAAUUUAUAAGGUCCCGUAUUACUCUGAUUAGUCGCAGAGUUAUUAGUUUUAUGAUCUGAUGAAAACCUACCUUCCUGCCUCCCGCUUUCUUGUUGAACAGUGGUAGAAUAGUACCCUUCCCUCCCCCACUUGUCUCGAAGUCCAAUGGUUUGGUGCACAAACAUAUUAGCCACUUGUCUCUUAAAGGCCAAAUAUAAAUCAACCUUUAGCCUUCUUGUCUAUAAUUACUCAAUACAUUCCACUCAAAAUAGCUCUUACACACAAAUAUAUAUAGAGUAAUUAUUUUAAAUAGAAGGUUCAGAGCAGGGCCUUGUAAGUUUUUUGCUUAGUUGCUCACAGUAACACAGUGAUUGGUUUGGGAUGAUCAUUUAAGUCAUUAAACAUAACUUUAUACACAUCUCAGGGCUUGACAAAUUCGCUUAGAAUCUAGGAGCCAGCUACAAACUUUAGGAGCCAUUUUUUUUCCAAUGACAAAAAAAAGCAUUCUAAAAGUGACACUAUAGUCACCAGAACCACAUCAGCUUAGUGUAGUGGCUUUGGUGUCUAGACUGUCCCUGCAGGCUUUUCAUUGUAAACACUGCUUGUGUUGACAUUGCAGCCUAGUAACACAUCUAGUAGCAGUCACUCAAACGGCCACUAAAGUGUCUCCUAUCUCAGUGCAUGCAUUCAGCAUCUCCACGCUCUGCAUGGAGGCGCUGAACAUUCACCAUAGAGAUGCAUUGAUUUAAUGAAUCUCUAUGAGGACAUGCUGAUUGGUGCAGCAUUUUGCCGUGCAUGCUCAUUAGCGCCCAAUGCUUUCCAAUGAGAAAGCAUUAAAUUGGUUGAGAUCAUCGAGAUUGAUAAUCUCAACCAUUCCCAUGCGAUCUGAGGGGGACUGGUGACCUAAACAUACACAUUCACACAUUCACUGACACACCCAGACAGCCGCACGCACAAUCAUAACUAUUCAUUAUCACAUUUGGGGUUUAUACCUAUUUGUGUGCAGUUUCUAGAGCAACUAUGAAGUUUUGUGUUCUUUUAAAAUAAUUUUGUUAAUCAAAAUCACAAGGAAUAAUUUUAUUUGUGUGUGUUUGAUUUAGGACAAAUUUGCCAAACUGGAAAAAGCUAAUGUGAAUGUUUCCAGUUCUGCUAUUAUGGCCUUAAAGGACCACUCUAGGCACCCAGACCACUUCAGCUUAAUGAAGUGGUCUGGGUGCCAGGUCCAGCUAGGGUUAACCCAUUUUUUUCAUAAACAUAGCAGUUUCAAAGAAACUGCUAUGUUUAUGAAUGGGUUAAGCCUUCCCCCAUUCCCUCUAGCGGCUGUCUCAUUGACAGCCGCUAGAGGCGCUUGCGUGCUUCUCACUGUGAUUUUCACAGUGAGAGCACGCCAGCGUCCAUAGGAAAGCAUUAUGAAUGCUUUCCUAUGUGACCGGCUGAAUGCGCGCGCAUUCAGCCGACGGGGAGGAGGAUCGGAGGAGGAGAGCUCUCCGCCCAGCGCUGGAAAAAGGUACGUUUUAACCCCUUUCCCGCUUCCAGAGCGGGGCGGGAGGGGGACCCUGAGGGUGGGGGCACACUCAGGGCACUAUAGUGCCAGGAAAACGAGUAUGUUUUCCUGGCACUAUAGUGGUCCUUUAACUUUGCAGUUUUGACAAUUUCCUACUUUAGUGACUAACCCUAAAAGUCUAAAAUAAACCUCUUGUUUGUGAUAUGUAUUUUUUUCUGUUUUUAUUUUUUUAACUAUCAGAUCUGAUCUGUAAACUGAGAUUUAAAAAAAGAUACAGCGAUAAGUUUGGCUUCAAGCAUAUGCAUAUUUAUUUAAUGAUAAAGUUAAUUGUACUAUGGUCUUCUUCUACAACCCACUCCUUCUGUUUUGCUUUACCGCAGAAUGUGCCCCAUAAUGAAAUGUGGCCUUUAUUGAAACCUCAUCUAGUACAAAAAUAAAUUGGGGACAUUGGUUUGUCUUCUGUCUACACAACAGUUGCCAUGAUGGUUACAAAUAAAUAUCUUAUCAGGCAUCCGGACUACAGUACCUUUUUUCUAUAGGCACAUUGUUUUCUAAAGAUCUGUAUGCUGAAAACAAUAUAAAGCAAACCACAGCAGUAAAUUAUGAAAAUCUGUAUAUUUGAUUCAGAAAAAAUCCUCAAAACAAUGAAAUGUGAUUUUUGUUACUGUUGAUUUGUUUACAGAACCACAUGCAAUGUAAUGUCAGAGUUUUUCAGCAAAGCGUGAAAUUUGCAUGAAUUUCCAAUUUUUGGUCAAAAUAGACUAAUUGAAAAAAAAAAAAAAAAGAAGAAAAAUCAACCAUUUCCAGUUCAGCUAAAAAUGUUAAAUACACUCUGAAUUCAUACCAGUUCAAGGUAAAAAAUUAUUUUUUUUCUUUGCUUUUUUUAAUUUUAUUUAAAUUGGAUUAAUUUUAUUAAAAGGCUACAUUAUAGCCCAGUGGUUAUAGAGCAUUAAACCUUGGUUAGUUUUGCAGCAUGAGACUUUUUUUUUUUUUUAAAAAGGGACACUAAAGUCACCAGAACAACUACAGCUUAAUGUAGCUGUUCUGGUGAGUAUAAUUGUUCUCUUCAGGCUUUUUAAAUGCAAACACUGCCUUUUCAUAGAAAAGGCAGUGCUUACAUUGCCUCUAGGGACACCUCCAAGUGGCCAUUCCUUAGAUGGCCACUGGAGGUGCUUCCUGGGUCAGUGCUGCACAGUAAGCUCUGCAUGGAGAUGAUGAAUUUUCCUCAUAGAGAUGCAUUGAUUCAUUCAAUGCAUCUCUAUGAGGAGGUCCUGAUUGGCCAAAACUGCAUUUGGCCCCGCCCCGCGCCGAUUUUAGCCAAUCCAAUGCUUUCCCUAAUGCAAAACAUUGAAUUGGCAAAAAAUCGCCCAUUUUGAUGGUCACAAAGGGGGCGGAGCCAGCGCCAGCAGACCUCUAGGGUCAGAAAUAUGUUUGUGUUCCUGACCCGAUAGGGAUCCUUUAAAUCUAAAAUAGUCUUCAUUUAACAAACCGUAUAACAGGGUGAUGUAAAUUUAAAUACCUAAAAACUAGCUGCUAAAAGGCAAUGUACACUUUACCAGUUUAUUCAAUGUUUACAGUGUAUUAUGUAAAGUUGCGUUGGAAAAAGUUAGCACAACUUAGGUCAUGGGUUGUAUGUAGCCCUCAAGCCUGUGUUCCUGACCCUAUAGAGUUCCUUUAAUUUGUUCUACAACUAUGAUUAACCAAUUAAACUGGAGAUAGGCCACCUUGCAAUGAUUUCAUUAUUAUCUGUUUAUGUAUAUCUAAUGGUAUAAAGCAAUAUCAGUUCUACUUUAAGCUAAUUUGAAAAAGAUAAUCUUAAUAUGAAAUCUUCAUCUGGUUCCAAAUACUAAAGAUUAUAACAAACAGCAAGAAUGAGUCUUUUACACUUAAAAAAAAACAAAAACUAAUAAACCCCCCCCCCCCAAAAAAAAAACCUGAGAUCAAGACUCUCACUACUAAUUUCAAUCAUCAUUGAAAUAAACUUGAUUAAAAUUAAAUUGACAUUGUAACCGUUCACACUUCAGAGAAUAACCCUAUAUAACUAAAUAUAAAAACUGCUUAUAUUCCUCUGUUCCUGUGUGUCCAAUUUGACAGGUUACAAAUACUUGUCUGUUAGUCCACCCAUUGUACAACGCUGUGGUAUUUGUUGGCAUUUUAUAAUAUACUUUUUAGAUAUCAAAUUGUCUGGCUGUACUCUAUGUUGCCAUGUCUUCUAUGGCUUCCUGAAGGCCUUAAUUUGCAUAUUUAAAAAAAAAAAAUCUAUAUAUUCUCUUAAUUUUUGCUUCAUUAAAUGAACAGAGUGCACAGAUGGCAAAAAUAUGUAUUUUGUGAUCUGUCAUAAGCAUCAUGGUCUGAAAAAUUUAAUUGUACAAAUGGUUGCUACAAAAAAAAGUGUUCAUUUCAUGCCUGCACCAGUUUCUCGCACAUAACCAUUUUCUUAUGUAGAAACUGUUACUCAACAUGUCUUCUCUUCUCACCCCCUCCCCCAAUCUUAUCUGUAGUGCACCAAAAUAAUUAGUCAUUCUGCCACAUUUUAUGCUUCUUUUCAAUUUUUAUUUUUUUGACAAUUUUACCAUUGAUUACAAAAUAAUAUAAAUGAGUAAUCUUAAGAAAUAAAAAUGUUUAUUUGUUUUUAUACAUUAAACAAAAAGGAAAAAAUAGGGAGCAGUUUACCUGUCUGCAAAGCCUGACAAUCUUGGCAGUGGUGGAAAAAUCUGUCAUGAAGUAAAGGUGCACUUUUUUUUAAAAAAAACUUAAAAAAAAAAUUUUUUUUAGACAUGGGAAGUGACACAUUUGUGAUGCAUUUCUUUGUGAACAAAUUGGAGUAGGAAAAUAAAAUGACAGCAAAGUUGCCGUAUGGGAUAUUUUGGCUCAGAUAGAAAAAGCACCAGGAAAAAAAAGACCUAAAAGUCCAUGCAACACUUAAAGGACCACUAUAGUGCCAGGAAAACAUACUCGUUUUCCUGGCACUAUAGUGCCCAGAGGGUGCCCCCACCCUCAGAGUCCCCCUCCCGCCCGGCUCUGGAAGGGGGAAAGGGGUUAAAACUUACUUUUUUCCAGCGCUGGACGGAGAGCUCUCCUCCUCUGUUCCUCCCCGCCGGCUGAAUGCGCACGCGCGGCAAGAGCUGCGCGCGCAUUCAGCCGGUCGCAUAGGAAAGCAUUUACAAUGCUUUCCUAUGGACGCUGGCGUGCUCUCACUGUGAAAAUCACAGUGAGAAGCACGCAAGCGCCUCUAGUGGCUGUCAAUGAGACAGCCACUAGAGGAUUAGGGGGAAGGCUUAACCCAUUAAUAAACAUAGCAGUUUCUCUGAAACUGCUAUGUUUAUAAAAAAAUGGGUUAACCCUAAAAGGACCUGGCACCCAGAUCACUUCAUUAAGCUGAAGUGGUCUGGGUGCCUAGAGUGGUCCUUUAAUGCACAGUCUCCAUUGUAUGGAGGAACCAAAAUAAAUCCACUGUAGGCAAACCAAAAUGAAUACAAACAUCUAUUUAGAAACCCCUCAUGUUGACUUUGAGAUUGUUAAAUCUUCUAAAGAUAAAACCAUUUAAAGAGGUAAAGUCUUCUUCUGUUUAACAUCUCUAUAAAUUUACUAAUUUAAGGAACACUAGAUAUACAAACCUGUGUUCCAGAUGUUCUAGUGCGUCUGUCCCUACUUGUAUAUAGUUGUCCCACACCCCCAAUGUGCAAAAAAUGAAUAAAAUAAAACUUGCCUAUUUCCAGUGUCAAGGCUUCCUCGGCAUUGGUCACCUCUCCGCCAUCGAGGAGACAUGACCUCCUUUGGAGAUAUGCAGACCUGAUGCUCUUGCGCGGUUGCUAAUGCAUCAAAUCUUCCCCAUAGGAAAGCAAUGUAUUCAAUGCUUCAAUAUGAGCUUCUGUGUAAUGUUACAGUUUUGCUCUCUCAGUGCAGUGAAAACACCUAGUAGAAGACCAUUUUGUUUUUUAUUUGCAGGGUUAAAAGGACAGGGCCACUGCACCAGACAAAGUCAUAAAGGUGAAGUGGUCUGCGUGACUUUAGUGUUCCUUUCCUUUUAAGUGUUCAGCCACACAGAAUCAAACAUAUCAAUCAGAGAUAUAUAAAUCUUUGGGGGAAACCUGUUUUUUUUUUUAAUGUGGUACUGUGCAGUACUUCUCAACCUUUUUUUUUUCUCUCUCUCUUCUCUAAGAAGCAUGAUAUUUUUCCAGCCAUGUACCCUUUUUGUCACCUUUUUCGUACAGCAAGCCUACAUGAUCGAAACAUUUCUCUUGAAAUAUUACCUUCCGAAAUGAAACUGCUGCUUACCUCAUGACCAUUUUUGGUAUGAGGAUACAUACCCACAAGCUAAGAAACAUGGGUGCAGACUACAAUAUCUGCAAAGUAUUUUAUUAUUUUAGAUUUAUAUUUUUCUGCAAUGUCAAAUUCCAAUUGGAUAAACUAAAUGAUCAGUUAGUUGAGAUGCCACCAUUUGCAGAUUAUUGGUAUUAUUUGUGCUUUUAUAUAAGGCCUCCUUUUGUAGUGUACAAACAAAAUUCUAGCUUGUCUGAUCUGAGAUCUUUGAGGAAGAAUGGAGGAGAAGGCAGGCACACUCAAGUAGUGUGUGUUGCCACUCGGUUAGCUCAGUGGAGCUAGUCGAAGAAGCAAACCUCCCUGGCGGUCUGAUUCACAGGCAGGGAGGCAUUUUGUAAUUUAAUUAUUAAAAGUGGAGAUUUCUCUUUGAAAUUACACUUUUAGAUUACCUACAAUUAAUAUAGUUUACUCCUUGGCAAUAAAGUUCUACAGCAAACUUAAAUCUACUUCUUGAACCACUAUUGUGCCAUUUUGAAUAUUUUCAAGUGUCCUUGCACUUCAUUAGAAUCCUGUGGUGUAUUUUCUGUACUAUUUUGAGUUUGCAUAUUUAAAUAUUUAGGGUAAUUUUGUGGCAGUAAUGAGUAAAACUUUAGAAGAACAUUGUCCUCCAGAUACAAGGAUACCUCUGAAUAGCCUCAAAUACUUAUGUGAUAGCCACAAGGUGUGGGCAUUUGACUUCUGAAUUGCUUGAAAUUAAAGUUUAAAAAAAUUCCCAAACUAAGCCUGAAUUAAAGCAAGCUGGCCCAAUUGCAGCAAAAUCAAACAAGAAGUUUAGUAUAGAUGUGAGUAAAUAAUAAGGAAAUGGGGGUGUCCAUUGCAAUAUUAACCAUAGGGAGCCCUGCAAGAUGGCAGGAAUCAAUGCUUUCCUAUGGAGAAAAAUCUGACGCUGGAGGUUCUCACGCAGACCUGGACGACGUCAACGUCCGACGCCGGACAAAAGGUCAAUUUUAACUCAGGAAGCCCUCUAGUGGUUGCCUGGUAGACAACUGUAAACAUUGCAUUUUCUGUUUAACUGCAAUGUUUAACAUUGCAGUUCCAAAGUGCAAAAGGGACACUGCACCCAGACCACUUCAAAUGAGCUGAAGUGGUCUGGGUGCCUACUGUGUCCCUUUAAUUGGGCGAAUUCAGUAUUUGAUCAAGUAUCAUAAGGAUCCCAAAUUGCUUUACUGAAAAUCUGUUUCAGGCAAAUUAUUGUGCUUUUCAGGACACACUUGAAAAAGAGAACUACUAUGUAUCCUGGUGACGUAUUUAAAUUAAUUUAGACCAAAACCCAUCUGAUUUCCAAAAGUCUUGCCACAUUUGCCCACUUGGGAGGGAGUUACUCUAUUAUUUUUGUACAUGAACCUCACAAACAAAAUAAAACCAUUUCUUACAAAUGUAUCUCCUGUUUAGCUUUUAAUAAAAACCGGCAGAUAAUGCAAUUCAUUUAAUUAUAUUAUUAGUGUUCUUUGACAGAUUAAUAAUUAAUGUGACUUGUAUAAAAUAUGCUGCAUUGUUCAUUAGGCCAAUAUGUUUGCAGUUCUCUGCUGGGGGUCAUUAGAAAAACCAUCCAGUCACACAAUAAAAUAUCUUCUUAUUUUCACUUUUUACAAGCACUCAUUACAUUUGAUUUGUACCAUUUGCUGAACAAUUAAAAAAAAAACAAAAAAAAACAUCAAAUUUAGGCUAUACAAUAUACUGUUACACAAUACAUACAGUCCCUCUUUGCCCUUUUGAAUUGUGAAUAAAUAAGCUGGAAAAAUCAAAGGGUGAUCAGCCACACCACAUGUUAUAAACCACCUAAUGAUGAUAUUGUUGAAAGCCUUUGACCCUUACUCGUUGGUCUCUUGGUAUGUAUUUUUGCUGUUUUUUAUUCAUGUAACACGUUACUAUUGAUGGGUGCAUGUCAUUAUUAUUUUUAUUUCACUUGGGUUCUUGUGUAGUAUGCUUUGUUUUUAAUUUUUUUAUUUUAGUGUGUGUAUAUGUAUGUAUGUAUAUAUAUUUAUUUUCGUGUUGGCUUAGGAUAUUUAUUCUGAUAGUAUGCUGAGAUAUAUUUAUUUGAUUAAAAAAAAAACUUUAAGUUUUCACUGGUUGUCCUCGUUUCCACGUUCAUUUAUCAUUGAGGAAGAACAGCUGUUAGAGCACAUUGGGAAAGCUGCACAUCUGAGUAACACGUUAAUUAUUGGAGAUUUUAAUUAUCUUGAAAUAAACUGGGAUAGAGGGACUAGUAGUUCAGCAAGGGGAAUCAGGUUUUUGAAUUUGUUAAAUGACACAACUGGUGUUAGAACCAACAAGAAAGGAAGCUUGUCUGGAUCUGGUUACAACAAACAAUGACAAACAUUCAAGUAGAGGGGCAAUUGGGAAAUAGUGAUCACAAUAUAGUUUCUUUUUAAAUAAACUCAAAAAAGCAAAUGCACAUGAGGUAUACUAAAACAUACAAUUUUAAAAAUGCCAAUUUCAAUAAGAUAAGGUCAGGUUUACAUUAUAUUGACUGGCAUACAGUCUUUAGUGAAAAGAAAACACGGAGGACAAAUGGAAUAUCUUCAAACAAAUAUUAGAAAGGUACAUGUCUCAGUAUGUACCAUUGGGUAAUAAAUAUAAAAGAAACAAAUUGAAACCAUUGUGGCUUAGGAGGAAUGUAGACCAAGAAAUUAAAAAUGAACAAAAAAGGGCAUUUAAAUCAGACAAAUCCGAGACAUCCUAUAUAAUGCAUAAGAAAGCCAAUAAUGCUUGCAAAAAGGCGAUUAGAUUGGCUGAACUAGAAAGUGAUAGCCAAAGAAAGGAAAACCAACCCCUCAAAGAAUUUUAAUUACAUGCAUUCCAAAAAAAAUAAAAUAAAGUGUAGGUACACUAAAACCAGAGAUGGGUGUAGAUCAGGAAAAGGUAGACAUUUUAAAAAACUAUUGUUCCUCCGUAUAUAUUCAGAAGGAAUCUAUGGCAAGAAAUAUGCAAAUCUAUUGCUGCUGAAAAAUUGUGAUUGGAUGACUCAACAUAAGGUGCUGCUUUAACUAAAGAAAGUAAAUGUAACAAAACUCCAGAGCCUGACAGUGUUCACCCAUGAGUACUUAACCCCUUAAGGACACAUGACAUGUGUGACAUGUCAUGAUUCCCUUUUUAUUCCAGAAGUUUGGUUCUUAAGGGGUUAAGGACUUAAGUUUGUAAAUUAAUGAACCUCUGUUUUUAAUCUUUCAAGAUACUUGUACUGGAUUAUUUGGGGGAAGGCAGAUGUGGUUCCUAUAUUCCAAAAGGGGUCCCGGAUUCUCCACAACCUGUAGGAACGCCGUGAAAGAGGGACCUGUAGAGAGGAUGAAUGUAAAUUUACACGGCCUCAUGACUUAGGCCGAAACAUGGCCUUUAUUUGUUUUUAUCAUAUGUGCACCAUAAACCUAAUGAUAGAACUGUGCAGCCUGUGGAUUUUAUUUUGGCACUAUAGGAAGAAGGCAGGCAGGCUGUGGGCAAUGUUCUGCUGGGAAACCUUGCGGUCCUGGCAUUUGUGUGGAUGUUGCUUUGAUACAUACCACUUACAUAAAGAUUGUUACAGACCACGUACACCCCUUCAUAUGCUCCCUGAAAGCACUGGUCUCUUUUAGCAGGAUAAUCCACCCUGCUACACUGCAAAAAAAUGUUCAGGUAUGGUUUGAAGAACAUGAGAGUUCCAGGUAUUGCCAAAUUCCACUGAUCUCAAUCCGAUUUGAACAUCUGUGGGAUGUGCUGGAAGAACAAAUCCAAUACAUGGAGACCCCAGCUUGCAACUUGCAGGGCUUAAAGGAUCUGCUGCUAAUGUCUUGGUGCCAGAAACAGGACACAGGACAUGUUCAGAGGUUUUGUGGAGUCCAUGCUUUAAUGCAUCAGAGCUGUUUUGGCUGGGGGACCUACAUGCUCAGUGUUUGUGCGUGUGUGUGUGUGUGUAUAUAAUAUUAGAGAGAUAAUGACUUUUAAUUACUUUUAUGGAUGAAUGAGCAAUUUGUGCUGAUUCUUAAUUACAUUAAACCUAAAUUAUAUUUAUAAACCUGUUUGUUGCCCGAAAAGCCUGUGGCAGGAAUAUUCAUCUGUCACAGCUUUGCAAUGUGUUGAAGAAAGAUUAGGGAUUUAAUUGCUUUACAAUAUCAGUAUUUAAAAAGAAAAGGGGGGAGAGGAGGCAACAAAGCAUGUGUGGUCAUCUUAGUGGUGCCAACUAGUUUUUAAUUACCUGGAUGCUUUGCUAUUGAGAGUAACCGUGACUUUGUUAAUGUAAUAGUUGAGAUAAUAGAAGUGGGCAUCUUUGCAUGUUUUUUGGAUGGCAACCAAUGUCUCAUGCGUGGAUGGCUAUCAAAGAAACAAUCUAAUUUGCCGCAAAUUGUCCCUGUUUCCAUGGGUCACAGUACGCGUAUUCGAUGUAUAAAAGAGGAAUUGCUGUGGUGAUGCAGCCAGUGUUCCAAAGGUGUGCGUGGGGUCAUAUGACGUGUGCAUAUUGAACAAAAGUCUUUUGUAUCAUAAAUAUAGUGCUUAGACCUCAAAACAAAAACAGUAGCUGGAUAAAAAAACAAACAUGCUUCAAUCCUAAAGGAAGGGGAAGUUGCGGGUUCUGCAGAUGGUUUUGAAAGUGUCUGUGUGGAACAGCAAAUUGGACUUUAUCGUCAAAUCGUUAUUUGUAGGUUUUAUCAAUUGAAUUUAGUUGAGUUGGAAUUGACCUGCAUGUGAACAAAGAGGAUUUCUGGUAUAAAUUUUUUUUUUUUUUUUUUUGUUUGUUUUUUUGCUAUGAAAUCCGUACAAGGGAUUAUAUAAAACAAUUCACAUACCAUGAGAAGCAGCGAGUGGCUGGAUGUCUAACCAAUGAAGUAUAAACUCACCUGCGUAAGAUAAAAUUGCUAAGCAGAUACUAGUCUGUUGUGUUGUAGAAACACAUUUUGGUCCUCCCCCUUCAACUUUUUGUGUUUAAAGCGAAGGCUGUUCCUGCCAUACUUGCUUUAUAUCCUUACAUAUCUAUCUAAUCACUUACUCCUGAUCUUGUAGAAAUACUUUGCAUUUCUGCCUAUAUAUUGCUCAAGAAUCAAUUUCCUUAAAGGACCACUCUAGGCACCAAGACCACUUCAGCUUAAUGAAGUGGUCUGGGUGCCAGGUCCAUCUAGGAUUAACCCAACUGCUAUGUUUACGAAUAGGUUAAUCCAGCCUCCAAAUCCUCUAGUGGCGGUCUCAUUGACAGCCGCUAGAGGCGCUUGCGUGCUUCUCACUGUGAAAAUCACAGUGAGAAGACACAAGCGUCCAUAGGAAAGCAUUGUAAAUGCUUUCCUAUGAGACCGGCUGAAUGCGCGCGGAGUUCCUGCCGCGCGUGCGCGUUCAGCCGAAUGGGAGGAUCGGAAGCGGAGAGGAGGAGGAGAGCUCCCCGCCCGGCGCUGGAAAAAAGUUUUACCCCUCUCCUCUCCCCAGAACAAGUAUGUUUUCCUGGCACUAUAGCGGUCCUUUAAGCAUCUUCUUAGUUGUAUAUUUGCAUAUUGUCUUUCUCUCUCUUUUUUUUUUUUUUUUUUUCCCUACCUUGGAUGGUUUACCUGGAAACCACCAUUGGCUUUAGAAGUUAGAGCAAAAUUUUAAAGUACACAAACUAGCAUUUUAGAUCCAUUUCCUCUGUUAUAUCUGGUGGCAGUCUACUGACUGAUAUUUACAAACUCCUUUUCUUUAAAAGUGUAAGAGAACAGGUUAAAAGAACAUUCCACUCACUAUGCGCUUAGAGCGAACAGAGGUUCUUACUUGGAAACUUUCGGCAAUGGUAGUGGAGAAAGGAAGUGGGGCCCGGCAAACCCUUAAGUUAAAUUGUGAUUACUUAAAGGGGAAUGCCAGGGCACUCCUGGCACCAAUACCACUACAUCUAAUUGUAGUGGUUAUGGGGCUCAGAGCAUUCCUUUAACUCUUACAUUGAUGAAUUGGCCUUUCUGUUGUCCACCAAAGGCUACACACUUGUUGCUCCAAUCAGAUGUGCUCAUCCGAUGAGAUGGCUUCAGUCUUGGAAUGUUAGCUGAAGCAAAAAAAAAGUGCGUUUCCUUGGCCUACAGAUGUGCAUUAAAAGCUGGGAUAGACAAAAGCAGGCAAAGACCAGAUACAAAGCUCACGUUACGCUUUGAGAGAGGCAUCCUGCUAUGUCCGUCUGAAUUUAAUAAAGUGACUUCUGUUCUCCCAUCAGCCUUCCUUUGUUUAUCUGCUGCUGCCUUUGUGCAUGUGGAAAUAGUCUCAUUUUAAAUAAAUCUCUUUUAGAAGUACUGAUCAAGAAUUGCCACCAUGGUACGUUAUGCUUUGUGUCCCCACUGUAUACACCAUGCUUAUUUUUAGGUACUUUCAAAUUGUCAGUUUAUGGCAGACUUAGGUCUAACAGAAUUAUACAAUGUUUUAAAUACAAUCCAUGUUAUUCAGUCCUCUAAGUUUGGCUGUUUUGAUUUAAGAUUUUAAAUUCACAUUACAUUUCAAGCAGUUAACACUUUAGUGUACACGCCUCAAUGAAGAAUUUUCUAUUCCAUAAAAUAUUAAAGGUGCAAAUGAUUAUUGAAAUACAAACCAGAUAAUAAAAUGUUGUUGAUAUGGAUUAGUGUUACUGGGGGCUAGAGCUAUUUUAAACUGUAUUUUUAUAAUCACUAAUCUACAAUAUCCCAACUUCAAAGAAAAGAGUGGUUAACAAUAAGAUGCACCCAUUUCCCAUGACUAUUUUUAACUGUGAAAUCUUGGGUUAGAAUUAAAAAAUCAAAAGGACCGAUAACAUCAGUGCUGCGUUCAUGAUCUCCAUGCACCCCACCAGGUGUACGGAGAUCACGGGUUGGAUAACUGAUUUAGUACAGUACUUCUUAUUCAAUCUUUUAUUGUGAAUGCGUCAAGAAUUACCACUGAUAAUGGCAAAACAAAACUGAGGCUUGUUGAUGCUGAUGUUAGAUAAGGAUGCUCCUUACAUGACUUACUGGAAACAAAUAUAGGAGGAGCAAAUCUUAAGUAAUUGCAAACCCUGUCGCUGUGGACAUAACAUAAAUACAUAUUUAUAUGGAUUUGAAGGGAACAAGCCAAACGAGAGGAAAAAAAAAAACCUUGAGCUGUAGAGUGAGAGAGCAUCUGAGAUUACGGUGUAUAUAAAGAGUUCUUUAUGCAUAUGGAAGUCCAGCAGAAGUAGUAAGGUGAACAUUCUGCUUUUAAAGAAAACAAGAUUAAUAUAUAUAUAUAUAUAUAUAUAUAUAUAUAUAUAUAUAUAUAUAUAUAUAUAUAUAUAUAUAUAUUAUUUUUCUUUUUUUUUUUUCAUUUUCUUUCUUUUUAAAGCUUUACGAUAGUUGAAUUAUGCUUUUAACACUGUUCCUUUAUUUCAGCAUCUAUAUCUAGACAAAGGGGUUCAUUCACACAACCGUUAAUUGUGGUGAAUUGACCAAAUGGCUUCAUCAAUGCCAAAAUAAUUAAGCUGGAGAAACACUCCAAAUCAGCCAUUUUGACCUAAAUUGUGCAGUUAAUUACUGUGGGUUUCCAUUAAAUUUAUAGAUCGGUCUCUUUAUACCCCAUCAGAGAUGAUGGAUAAAUAAAUAAUUGUUUUGGAAUAGUACAAGAAAGGCGAAUAUUUUGUUUUAAAAUGCAUUAUUCCGAUUUGAGGCAGCUGAUAUCGCAUAGGCUAUUCAUUGAACUCGGUAUUUAACACACAAAUGCCAAACUGGGGAAAAAUAAUUGAAACCUUGAUCGUUUUACGGACCAACUUAUUUUGGCCUAAAAUGACAAUGUGUAUUGACAUUUAUUAAUGAAUCUUUGAAUAGUGGAUAAUUGACAGUGGAAUUGCUCGAGUUAAGCAACUGUGCCUAUAUGACCUGUGUUGAACUGAAUUCUGACUUGGACAAUCUAUGCUUUUCACAUAGUUGGGAAUAGAAUCUCCAACAGAAUGAGAGUUUUUAUUAAUUUUUUUUUUCUUUGUGAUAAUAUGACCUACGUUUUUGAGGCGCAUCUUGCUGUUUCUGUAAAUAUUUUCUAUUAUUUCAGUUGACUAUUAGCCUGCAGUAAUCCAUGCAAGAAUUUAAAAUUCAGAUUGGAAACACCAAGUCCUUUAUCAUUUCACAGUAUGUUUAAUAUCGAUGGUAAUAUAAAUUUAAGUGAGAUUUAUUAACAGCGUAUUGACUUACAUUGUAUAAGAGGUUAUAAUCCUUCUUCCUGCAUUAUGUAUGUUACUUAUGUUUGUAGCAUGUUUUAUAUCUACCAACACGACACGUAGUUUAUAAAAUAUAUCCCAUUCUGUUUUUAAUCCGUGUAUUCAAUAUUUUGAACAUUACUCUGAAUUCCACGCUGCCCUGUAUUACACAGAGGGCAUAUAUUCCGUAGCACUGUAUAAAGCAGUAUGUUAUGCAUGUACUUUAUAAGAAGCGUAUUGAUCUUCAUUGCGUAUGUUGUGUAGUGUGCGCAUUAUUAAAUUUAAACUGUUAUAACACCUCCUUAGGAAAUAUUAUAUAAUUUAUAAUCAGCAAUAAACUAUACAAUUUACUACUAAUCCACCCCCAGUGCUUUCAGCCUCUCGUUGCCAUCAAAAUUUGACCGAAAGGCAGUUGAAACCAAAUGUCGGCAUUACCUGUGCAGCUGAAGGGGGUUCACAAAAAAUAAAUAGGGUGACUGCAGCCUUAGAUGUAUAGCACAGUAAUAAUGUAAUCCCAUUGUACAGCGCUACGGAAUUUGAUGGCGCUAUAUAAAUAAUAAUAAUCAUAAUUGAGCUGUAAUGGCUAAGGGUGCAUACAGAUCCCUUUAAUAUGUGCAUGUUCUAUAAUAGUGCACCACUCAACAUGUUUUCUGCUCUUUAACCCCUUAAGGACCAAACAUCUGGAAUAAAAGGGAAUCAUGACAUGUCAUGUGUCCUUAAGGGGUUAAGAAGGGAAGUACAUUUUAUAAAUGACAGAGAAAUUAAAGAAUAUGGUAAAUGUAAGGUAUACCGUAUGUGUACUUGCAUUGCUGGUGAUCCCCAUUCGGUUUUGUAUAUUUAUUUAAAAUUUGCAUUUAGUGGUUUUAUUGCACUAUUUUAGGUGUGGAUGUAAGAUUUUCUUCAUACAUUGCACUUAUGCAUUUGGUGGAUGUGUUUUUGAUUUUUCACUUUGUGUAUAUGGUCCUAGUGGUUGAAUGUGUUGAUAUUUGCACCUUAUGUUAAUGACCCUUCUACAAUUUGCACUCUUACAUGGUCAUAGAUGUACACAUGGUCUAUAGAUUUGCAUACACAUGAUCUAUAGAUUUAAACUUGCACCUUAUGCAUAUGGUUAUGUGCUCACAUCUUGCACUUUACACACAUGGUCACUGUGCUCACGUCUUGCACUGUGUUAUUGGUCAGUGUGUUUGCAACUUGUGUUCUGUGCGUAUGAUGAAUGCAAUUUGUUGAAUUGUGGUAUGCACUUAUUCUCAAAUCAUAAAGGUGUAUUGUUGAGAUUAUGUACUUUUUUGCACUAGAUUGUGCCAAGUGUAUUUGUAGUUUCAUACACUUUAUUUGCAUGUUGUUUCAUAUUGGAUAGAUAUUUUGCGUUUGGGUUGGGGGCUAUAGGCUAAAUAGCUGAAUUGUAUACUAUUGGUGGCACUUUUGUAUACUGUCUACAUGUAUUUGUGAUCAUAAAGUUGAAUGCGAGUAUGUUCGGACAUUGAUGGCUAAGCAUUGGUCCAUUUAAAUCAGUGGUAGUCAACCUGGUCCCUAACGCCCACUGGUUGGCGGUUUGGGAUUUCAGGUGGGCGGUGGUGGGUUCUGCAGAAAACGCCCAGUGGGCCUCGAUGGCCGCAAACCAAGGCCGGUAGGGAAGAUCUGUGUUCCUUCCAUGAGCAGGCUGGUCAAAGCUGUGCCGCGCGUUACCCUGACAACCCUCCGAUACAAUGCUGGGCUUGCAGGAGGACAGGAGAGUCAGCCUGCAGCCAGUGGAGCUGCAGGCUAUAGUGAACAUGCCACCACUGGACCACCAUGGAUGGCAGCAUUAUGUCCCCACUACCUGGUAAAAUGUAAGAAGAAGGGAAGGGGAGACAUUAAGAUAGAUUUUCACCUCUCAUCAACCUACACACACGCUACAUCCAUCACAUACACAGCCCCCUACACACACUGCCCCCCCACAGACACACUCUGCCCCUUCACACACCCACUGCCCACUCACACAUGCACAACAUCUUCACACACACACACACACACACACAGCACCUCACAGACACACAUAGAAAAAAAGGAAAGAAAUAGAUGCAUUUAAGUACAUAUUUUAAAUAAAAAACGCUCCUUUUAAAAAAAAAAUAUAUAUAUAUUUUUUUUUUUUAAAUCACACUUGCGCUAUAAGUUACCGCGGCACUGGUGGGCGGCAAGGGAAUUUUACCAUCAACAAAGAUACAAAAGGGGGCCGGUAUGUAUUAAAAGGUUGACUACCCCUGAUUUAGAUCAUAACCCAUGUAUCUGUGUAAAAUGUUUGUGUUUUUAUUAAACAGCAGGUCAUUGGGAGUCUACAGAAUUAUGGGUUUGAAAAGGGAAAAUAACUGUUCAGUCUGUGCUCGUUUAUAUAUUUCAUGUCGAAUUCUGAGACCAUUGUUAAAAUGCAAAAAAGGCACAUCAGCAAGGCAGUCUUUGUACUCGGCACAGAAAACAAGGUUAAACUUGAGAAAGACCCCUGUGUUGAGUGCUUUGCCUUGUUUGUGUGUUACUCAAUAAAUGUAGUGUGGUUUAUUGAAAAAAGGUGUGGACCUUUUUUUCUCUUUUGGAUACUCGGAUAGUCACACAUGCCCCCUCAAGUUUCCUGAAUAAUUUUGGGUGCAAACUGUUACUGUGUGAUGGUUAAUAUUUAUUGUUUUUGAUAGUUGUUGAAACCUAGCUUUUCAUAGGCGCUACAUCUGGAACAAAUGUUUAAAUGUUUUUUCAUUUGUGCUAUAAUCACAUUUUUUGAGAAUCUUUUGAAAAUGCUGUAGAUGGGGCAACUUUUAUUUAUUAAACAUUAUGAUGUAUAGUUAUGUUAGCCUACUUGAGAAUUUACUUAAAUCUCUUGGGAGGGUCUAUCAUUCUUUGAUCUUGUUUUAACUUUUUAAACGGUCUUCAAACACAUGUUAAUAUGCAGUCAUGAAUCAUGGUUAACACGUUAUAAUUGAAUGGAUACUUAGGGUGGUACAUGCUUAAGUAACACAAACUGUGACUAUCGAUUUAGUCAAGUGUAAUGGUUUAAAUUGUAUCAAUUCAGACUGCGUACACUGCCCCACAGUUUAUAACUUUUGUGACACCAGCUUUCGAGAAAGAUCAAACACAUAGAAGAACUUUUACUAAUUCGGCUGGAAUGUAUGCCGUAACAAAGGCCAAUGCCCACACCUGACAUCAUUAUUUCUGUAUUAUUUCUUUCUUAAAACAAAUAGUUUGGCAGACAAGAAAGAGGCAGCUUGUAGUUAGACCUCUUUUUUUUUUUUUUUUGGUGCGCCUUCAUUCUUCGCAUUAUAUCUGCAUCUCGUAUACAUCAAUGUAUUGAUACUCUGCGUUUUCCUGCAGAAUAUCAAAGCCUUUUUAUAAAAAGACAAUCACGGUCAAUUCUUAGCAUAGAUGCAUGACUAAGGUGUAAGCCGAAAUGUUGUGUUUUUUUUGUUUGUUUGUUUUCUGGCUUGUAACAGAAGCUGCUAUCCUGUUACGCAGUUUGACAAUCGGCCUUGUCAGCUCUUAGGCCUACACAUUGGUAGAAAAAGUAAUUAUAAGUAGUUUUUCUGGAGAUCCAUAUCUGUGGAUGUAAAUGUGGUGUAAAUCUGUUGUGUCUUCAAGUGUCACUGGUAUCACCAAGAACUCUUGUUUCAGAAAGGCUAAUGAAAGCUGCUGGAGAUGGAGUUUCACCUUCAUCGGCAAGAUGCCAUGCCAUGCUAUAUCUCCAUAUGUGCAGUCUUUCGUGUUGAUACUGCACGUACCGAGUCCAUGCACCAUGACCACUUCAGAACACUGAAGUGGUCAUGGUGCUUGGAGUACCACUUUAAUUUUGGCCCCUGCACCAUUUUGGAUAUAUUUGUCUACUUUUGUGUGCCUUUUCCCAUAGAAUUUGCACAAGCAGUUUAUAAAUUUAGAACACUUUUUUUUUUUUUUAAUGAUAUAUAGAAUUUUUUAAACUCUAAAUGCAUAUACAUAGAUAAUAUAAUUUUAUGAUGGCUUGAAGUUAAUCACGUUGCUUGUAAUUUCCAUUCUUUGCCAUCCUGAGGAUGCUCUCGCUGCUUUCUUUGUGUCACUGAAUUUUUGUAUGUCCUUUCUAUGCUCUGGUCCUUUGUUAGCUACUAUCCUUUUACUGAUCUACCUGUGUUCUUUUAGUGACUGACUGAAUGGACUCGUCAGAUGCACAGGAGGAACGGGGAUGCAGCCUUGGGAGUCUUCAGGAAGAAAGGUAAUUCUAACUAUCCCUUUUCGCUGUAGUUACACAUAUUCCCUCUCUGUACACCUUAGUCCAACUACUAUUGGACUGUCUACUGGCUUCUAUCCAGCACUUUCUUUUGAAUUUAUUUAAAAGAAUUAGCAAAUUACAGGACGAUCCUGUUCAGUCCAAGACAAACAUUGCAAAUGAGGAGAAAUAGAAACAUUUGUUUUAAUUUUCUUCUUGUCUGUAUGAUUUUUCUGUGCUGACUGCCAGGUUCAGACAGAGCUUAUAACAAUGAUCGACAGGGAGCCAAGAUGGAGGCACACCGUUGCAUGAUAAAUUAGUAGUGCUCGUGCUGCCUGUAAUGUACGGCUUAUAAGAGUAGUGUUUAAAGAAAUGCUCCAUAACUACUAAGCAGUAGCUGCUGGCUCUCCUGGCUGCAGAGAGGAGGUGGUGAGCAUCAACCGGCAGACCCCAGGUAAAAAGACAAACCAUUAUAAAAUCAGGGCACUCUUGGCACCAUAACCACUACAACACACUAAAGUGGUUAUGGUGCUUGGAGAGUUCUUUUGCCACUGCUUUUAUGAGCUGUACAUUACUGGCAGCUCUAUCUCUAAACAUUUUGGUACUUUUGAACCUGAGAGGCAAACUUGUGCUUCCCUAAAUCUAUACCAGUUAUCUCUACUUCUUUGUCAAGUAAUUUCUUCCCUCAAACACACACACACACACUCACGACAUGCUUUGUGAUCAAGGUUGAUGACAAACUGAACAGUGGCCAGUGUAAAAAAAAUAAAAAAAAUAAUAAUAAACAUUGUCAGUAGUGUGUUGUUUUAUUUUUUUUUUUUGUUGUUUUUUUUUUUUUACCAUUUCACAAUUAACCUAUCGUAUGUAGAAGCUUAUGUCUCUGCGCCUUUAAGAUACUAUUUCUCACGAAGGGUGCUCUGUAGUGUCCCCUCCAUUCCCUGGUGACCGGCGGCUGAGUGUGUGGAAUGUGGGAGAGGCUGAGCACACUGAGUAAGGGUGGGGGCAGUCAUUGUAUUAUAACAAUGCCAUGCUAGGCAGAGUCCCCACAGCAACCUGCAGGGCAGGAACAGGCCUGAUUGGUAGGGGGGAGGGGGAGAGAAAUGGAGAGAGGGAGGAAAGCAAAGCAAACACAUCAAGAUCAUGAGAUAGCAACGGUAAAUUGAAAUGACGGAUCUGCUUACAUUGUCACUGAUUUUUCAUUUAUUUUUAUGUACUUUUGACGGGUAUUUGUAUCUCUGUAUUUGUUGUUGUUGUUCAAUAGGUGUGUGCAGUUUUAAGCAUGCAAGCCUGUGUGUGCGUUAUAUAGCUAGGUGUGUGAGCAAGCCUGCAGGUUUCUGGCAGCGGAACAUUUUCACAAUGCCCCAUUGUGUCCUUGUCACACUUCCUUUGUUGUUUUGUCCGCUCAUUGUUCUGCUUCCUUCUACCCCGACUGAGUGGCCUCUCCCUGCCUUGCCUUCACUGGGAGGGAUCUUUACUUCCAUCACUUUGUGCUAGAAGAGCCCCUGACCUGUUAUAUUCUCUGGAGACGUGACUGUGUUAAUAAGGUGCAAUGUUCUGCAGACCUUUGACAUCAGGUAUCGAGCUCCAUGAUUAACCACAGACUCUGACAGUAAUUCCAUAAUUCAUGCUGCAGACAGAACUUUCUCCCCAGUGCCUUUCUGCUGUCCCUUUAAAUACCCAAUCUUCUUGUGGGAGGGUUUUUUUCACUAAACCUUUUCCUUUCAAUCUACUGUUCUCUGUCCCUUUUCUCAUGCCUACUGUGUAAUUACUUUGUGAAGAGCACAAAUGUGCAGUUGAGUUUUUUUUUUUUUUCUCCCUCCACCUGGAAGUGGAGUCAUCAGUUACUGAAUAGCAUAAUAAAUGUGACGAUUCUGCAAUGACCUUUGGCUUUCUCUGCAGAUGUAUUAACAUAACCUCUAAUCUAAACCAUGUAUUCCUUUUUUCUCUCACGAACGUAACUCCAACUAGAUACUUUCUUCUUAUUCCGUACCAUUCUUCAAUCUACCUUCCAGCACGCUCUACUUAAACUGUAUUCAGUUGACACACCUACUUGUAAAACAAUACUCACAAGGACACUGGUAAAAACAAAUUGAUCCGUCUCUGGAACAUUUUAUUGUAUGUUAUUUCAAAUUGUUGGAAUAUUUGGGAUCUGGAGAGAGGGGUUAUAAGUUUAUUGAUUAAUUGUUUUUGUCUUUGUGGGUUGUUUUUCUUUUCUUACAUAAAAUGUUCCAAUCUUUUUUUUUUUUUUUUUUUUCCUGAUAAUCAUGUGACAUGAAAAUAGGGUAAUUAUAACUUAAAAGGAGCACUAUAGUGUCAGGAACAUGUGUUCCGGACACUGUAGUGUAUGGAAUGUGAUGGCGCUAUAUAAAUAAUAAUCAUAAGCUGACUAUUUAUGUCCACAGCUAACACUUACAUUGCAUGGGAAAGUUGUUUUUACUCACCUAUUCUCCCAUGCCAGGGAGAUCAUCCUUGAUAAUUUCAGUCAGUCCAAUACUUACCCUUCGAAAAGUAUUAGGAGGCUAUUGCGCAUGUGCGACAAAACGUUGUGCAGCGCCAAUCCGUAUCUCCUCACGAAUCAAUGCACCUCUAUGGAGAGCGCUCAGCGUCUCCAUGCGGACCGUCAUUAGAGGUGUAACCUUUUCUCUGAAAAGGCAGUGUUUACAUAAAAAAACCCUGCAGUGACAGGCAUCGACUCCAGAACCACUACAUUAAGCUGUAGAGGUUCUGGUCACUAUAGUGUCCCUUUAAGAAUUUUUCAGUUGUAAUGACCUCUUAAAGUUGUUGUAUGUCUGUAACUAAAAUGCUUAAAGUUGCCUUCUAGACCAAUGAAGUGGUUAGCUUGCGGUGAUAUUGUCCUUUUAACAUUGCAAUGUAAAACAUUUAAUGUUUCUAGUGAAGAGUUAAAUCCACCUAUAGUGGCAGUCUUCCUGACAAAAAAAAAACAUGAUGUGGAAAUCCUCAUAGGAAAGCAUUGAUCCAAUGCUCUCCUAUUAAGAAACUUGAAUGCGAGCUUGCCAUGCGUGUGCAUUAGGUUCCCAACUCUCCUGACGUCACGUGAGGCAGAUAGGUGAGUGGCUCCAAGGGAACCUUGCUUGAUAGAAAAAGGUAAGUAUGUGUGUGUGUUUGUUUUAAAGGAAUACUAUAAGUGUCAGGAAUACAAAGCUGUAUUUCUGGCACUAUAGCUCCCUCUGCCUCUUUCCUAUUUACUUACCCGAUUCCAGCUCGCACUGUUACGCCACAUAAGCAUCAAUGGAACCCAAGAAAAUCACUGAUUACUAUAAACUAGUUAAAACAUAUUAGUAUUGUUCACCUCACUGCUAUUUUCUCCUCCGUUUGUAUAUGCAAUGCUCUCAUCUUAGAAUUAACUCUCUUCCUUUUGUACACUGUAUAUGUAUUUGUUCUUGUUUAAAUAGAUAAUGAACUAGAAACAGUCUAAAAUGUUAGUGAUCCACUGAUAACUAGCUGUACCAGUAAGAGUUAUUCACUAAACCAGGGCUCGACAAAUCCCAGACACCAAGUCGCCAUGGCGACUGAACUCUUUCCUGGCUCCUUGUAUUUGUCUCCUCCUGUCUCUCUAUCUCUGCGCGCUGGGAGAAAGUGAAGGGAACUGUAACUACUUCCUCCCGGUGCUGAGACCGCUCAGGAAAAGAACAAGUUAACAGGGAUGUCUCUGGUCGCAAAGCUGACCUCCCAUUCUGCAGAGCCAAGCGCCCAACCUCCCAUUCUGCAGAGCCAAACGCCCAACCUCCCAUUCUGCAGAGCAGCCUGCACGCACCCUCAUUCGGCAGAGCCGCACGCCAGCCCACCCAUUCCCCUGCGCUGGUUUAGCGCUGGGAGGAAGUAAUUAAGUUCCUUUCUCUUCCUCCUGGUGCACUGAGAUACAGAAACUGGGGUGGGAGUCUGGAUCAGUGGCAGCCCACUCCUAUCAGCCGCAUCCAGCCCCACUGUAACCUCCUCCCAGUCCCCCUGGACCCAAGGAAAGCCCCUCCUGCGCCCACAAGGUAGGUAAGAGGAGGAUGCUAAUAUAUGUGUAUUUUUUUUGUGUGUUUUGUAUGUAUCUAUGAAUCUGCAUGUGUGUGUGUGUGUGUAUCAAAAAAAAAAAAUACUUUGAAAGUGUGUGAGAGAAUGUGUGUGUGUGUGUGUGUGUGUGUGGUAUGUAUGUAUAUAUAUAUAAUAUAAUAUAAUGUGUGUGUGUGUGUAUAUAGUUUGUGGUGUGUAUCUGUCUGUAAGUUCAUGUAUAUGUUUAGGUCACCAGCUCCCCUUUGGUCAAAUGGGAAUGGUGUUUUUACUUCCUUUUUUUCCCAACGACGUGCCCGUCUCGCUGCGGCUGGCACGCCACCAUAGCUGAGAUUAUCAGUCUUGAUGAUAUCAGCCAAUCCAAUGCUUUUCCAUAGGAAUGCAUUGGGAAGCUGUGGAGCAUGCGCAGCAAAAUGCUGCACAAAUCAGCAUCUCCUCAUAGAGAUGCUUUAAAUCAGGCUUCCCCAAACUCCGGCCCUCCAGAUGUUGCUGAACUACAACUCCCAUGAUUCUCUGCCCGUCUAUUUAAUUCAUAGAAUCAUGGGCGUUGUAGUUCAGCAACAUCUGGAGGGCCGGAGUUUGGGGAAGCCUGCUUUAAAUCAAUUCAUCUCUAUGGGGAACGUUUAGCUCCUCCAUGCAGAGCGUCGAGAUGCUGAAUGAAGACAUGAGACUCUUUAGUGUCUAGAUAGCAGAAACUUUAGUUAGGAGUUAGUUGUUUAUUUUUUUCCAACAACAAAUAUACAAUUCUUAAAGGAACAUGCUAUAGACACCAGAGCCAUUAAAUUAAGAUACAAUGGUUCUGGUGACUAUAGUGUUCCUUUUAAGAAUUGUAUUUUUGUCGUUGGGGGGGAAAAAACUGUCUCCUAACUUUUUUUAGCUAGCUCCUAUAUUUACAGCAAAUUUGUGAAGCAAUGCACUAAACAAUUAAAUGUCAGGAAUCCACUAAAAGAGCCAAUGUGGAAACCUUCUCCUGCUGGGCCUUUUUUUUUUUUUUGGGCUAAAUUACUACAUUUCAGUGGUCCGUUCACAUGUUUAUAUAAUAUACCAUUUCAUUUUUACCUUUUGCUGUUUGCCUAUUUUGCAUUGCUACAAUUUAAAGGGUUACCACAACCACCAUGACCACUACAGUGAUUUGAAGUGGUCAUGGUAGUAGGAGUCACAUACUGAAAUAUUUGUAAUUUAUGCUGGAGGCUAGUUGCCCCCCCCCAGCACACGUGACCUUGGCAGCCUAGAACUCUGCCUUGGGUUGACAAUGUCAGUUCUGUACUUUCCUCACUCCCAACAUGCUGCGUUUGGAGCGAGGAGAGUCCAUAGUUCGAUGUACGGACCCGGUACCUCUGAAGGGCCAGGUUUCUCCCAGACCGGGAGUUGCGGGGGGGUCCUGGUGUUUUGCCGCUGCCCGCAGCGAUGGACCCUCCGUCGAUGUGGGCGAGGUCUCGGGGUCAAGCCCUUGGUGGCCUUCGGCCCAGGCAGGUGAGUAACAUGCAGAGCAGUCACACGAGGGACAUCUAGGGAGAUUCCCGCACUCUCCGGCUCUCAACCGUCCAAACUGCCACCUGCAAGUGAGGCAGCAUCAGUGCUCAGUCUCUCCAGUUCUGACCAAAAGAGCUGGAAAUGCUCAUCAAGACGCAGUAAGAAUUGCUUCCCAGAGCUAUAGGGGGCCAUCGCAAGUUGCACAUGCGAUGCCUCUCGAGAGUAAGGCGCCAUUGCCAUCUUGGGUCAGUUCUUUGUGCACAGGGCUUAAGCAGGAUAGAACUUUCGAAGUGUGGUUAGGCCACAGCUCAGGUUAGGAGGCAAGUGCUGUGGGGGCAGAUUCAGGUAGUCCAGUGAAUAUCGGGAUAACCCUUGCCGGUCCAAGUGGGGAGAGGAGGGUAGGGGUGCUUCAGGACGCAUUAGUGGCUGAUUUGCGGAACAAUCGUCCCCUUCUCCCCAGCUAUGUUGCAGCAGGCUGCAGCAGUGAAUCUCUAGCCCCCAGUGAAUGGCAGACUCCACUAAAGUCUCAGAUUGUUGCUCUGGACACCCCUGAUUGUGGUAGUGCCAGUUUGUAGGUUGGAAUGCUGGUUGGCCGGGGUUAAAACCAAAAAUUGGCCUAGUUUGCAGGAGCACGAGACCCACACCUCUGCUCUACUAGAUGGCUAGGCUCUGCCCCCCAGCAAAAUUGCCCUUUUAAUUGCUUUUUAUAAUCGUAGCUUCAGAGUAUUUUAUCUUCAUAUAGCAAUAUUCCUUCAUCAAUAUUCCUGUUGCAUCAAAGCUUUACUCUUCUAUUUUGGAUUCAUAUGGAGUUUGUUUCCUUAACUUUUAACUGGUUUGAACCUAUUCCAUGAACACACAGGAGGCUUUCUAUACAUAGUAAAUGGCUACAUUCUGAAAAGCAACUGUCUCCAUGGAAACCAUUGCAAUGUUCAUACAGAUUGCACACCGCCUCUAGAACAUUGCCCCUGGAUUACUAUUGAUAUAUAAAGCCCAUUAUUUACAACCUUACCUAAUUGUAUAGUAGCAGGCCCACUUUCACAAAUAAGACAUUUGCAACCCAGCAGAAUUAAUACUGCGAAAACCGUUGAAACACACAAACAAUACUAAUCUUUUAACCCAACCAGUAGAGUUAGAAAAUGUACAGUUUUAAAAACUGACAUGGUAUCAACAGUGUGUGAAUGUGAUGGUUUAUAUUUGAGGCAAUUUUGAAAUGGCUCACCACCAUCGCAAUAACCUGAUUUCGCCUCCUCUCCUAAAGAAUAUCCUUGAAAGUCCCAGUAUCUACCAUGGAAGGCUCGGGAGGAACCUGUACCAAAAUGGAGGAUGAUUUUGAGCCAGAGGUUGUGCGGCAUAUGGUUGGACAGAUGCCGAUUAAACAGGACACGGAUUCCUUGCCCAAGGUGAUUAUAAAUCAUUAUUAUAUUCACUUUAGAAGACACGAGUAGUUUGGGCUAAUAAAGCAUUUUUAUUAUCUGUAAUUUUUAAAAUGUUAUUUAUAUAUUUUUAAGGGAAUGGUGCAUAUAUACACCCCAAUUUACUAAGCAGUAUAUGUAGCUCUGCAGCUGCUGAAGUAUGUUUUUAAAGAUCUUUGAUAAUUUACAAUCACAGGCUGACAUCUAAACCUAACUGAGCUAAGCCAGGGGAUCUAUUUUCCUCACAUUCAUGUUGUUAAUGCACAAUGCCAGGUAUAAGCCUGUCCGUUAUAUUUGCAAACCGCAACAAUUUGUUGCUGUUGGCAGCUAUAAACCGUAAAAGAUUAUUUUUACGGGGACACCCAGUGGAAGAGCCAAUCGAGUGGUGAGCAUGUACAAUUCUUUUUAACUUCACUUUCACUGCCACAGAGAGAGCAGUGCAUCAAGCUCCUCUCUGCUGGGAAACUGACAGUAUUCUCACCCAUUGAGACUUUACACCUGCUGUCACUAGGUGUAGAAUAUACGCCAUUAGAAGUUGUCCCAACCUCCAUCGUUAAAUAAUUCUUAGUUCUCAAAGUUAGACUUCGAAUUUGUAGAGCUAUAGCGCUACAAUCGUAAUCAGAAAAAAAAAAAAAAAUGGAAUCAGAAACAGCUCUGGUAAAAGCGUGGACGGUAUAUAUCAUCUCCUCAACAUUGGAAAAGAUGUGGCAUUAUUUCUACUAGGCAUAUCAAAACACUGGAUAAUUCAAAAUUACUGAAGUAUCCAUCCAAAUAAACAAAAUGUAAUAAAUUGCAGCAACAGACACUAGAGCCACAGGUAGAGUGUGUAAUGAAACCUGCCUUCCACCUAUCUGGUUCCACAAAUGUCCAUACUUCUAGCAUACUUCAUGGGAUCAUAAAGUCUGGGUUCCUAUAGUGUUCCUUUUAAAAAAUGUCACAUACACUUAUCUAGAAUGUACUGUCUAUAUUGUAAUAAAUGUGAAUACAGUUUUGGCUAAAUAAAGGGAAAAAAAAGCCGCAUGCUGAUUGCAUUAAUGCAAAGCGGUUUGACUGUGACAGUUUUCCCUUAAGAAUUUAUAUACCUCGAGAGGCACCAUUUGUUAUUUUCCAAAUCAUUGACUGUUCUUUUCAACCACAGGAUUGUUCAUAUCAGACAGAACCCAAGAGUGACCGUUCUGGGUCUCAUUUCCAGGAGGACAAUAUGGAGCUAAACAGAACAGUAAGAGAGGGUAAGUAUAUCACCCGAACCACCCUUUCUAUGAUUGUUUUGAUCACAAGAUUACCAUAUUCUUUAUAUGUACAUGAAUAGGAAAAACCAUAUGCUGGAUUAAAACAUUUGCAGGGUGUUCUACUCUAAAGUAAAUUGUACAGCCUCUCACAUGGAUUUCUGUGAAAAGUGAAUUAUUAGUUAUAAUUUCUGGUAAGUGAAUUUUAAUUUUAUUAUCCUAUCUGUUUGUCCCCCCCACAUUACAGCAAUACCUGUACUGGAGAAACUUUUGUCUACCGAUUGGCAGGAUGCAGUUUUGGGGAGUUGUUCCAUGGAUAUCAAAGAUAUAAAAGGUAGGACAUAGGACAUGUCAUGGAAGGAUUUGAUUGGCUGUCUUCUUCUAGAAUACAUGGUAAAAAAUAGAUCAACACUAAACCACAAUGCACGUCAAAGAGAUUGCAAAGAUGCUUGGAAAAUGAACCCCUUCAUGACAGGUGUACCAAAGUCGUGUGCCUGUUCACAUAACACCUAUGUAAAAGCAUUUGCAAGUAUUUUUUACAACGGACAUUCAAUGUCCGUUGUAAAAAAUACUUGCAAAUGCUUUUACAUAGGUGUUAUGUGAACAGGCACACGACUUUCAAUUUUCAGAUUUCUGAAAAGUGUUACAAUUUUGUAUUUCCAAAUGUCCAGCCGAAGCUUGAAUGCUCUUAAAUGUUGUUGAUAAUUUAAUGCAAACAUUCCACUACACAUGUUUCCGGCCAACUGGUCUUUACUGGGAUAUUGUGUUGGUACACAGUGACCAUGUACGCUUAUGAUGUACAUUUAUCUGUUAUUCCAGGUACCCAGGAGAGUUUAGCAGAGAAGGAGCUUCAGUUAUUGCUCAUGAUUCGCCAACUAGCUGGACUGAGGGACCAAUUACUGAAUGCACAUUCUGAGCAUAGGAACAUGGCAGCCAUGUUGUUUGAAAAGCAGCAGCAACAGAUGGAGUUGGCAAGACAACAGCAAGAGCAGGUGAUGGCAGGCUGUAAAUAAAAAACAAAAACAAAAAACGUGCCAUCGUUUGUACCGAGUAGAUUGUAUGCGAUGAUGUUGUAGACGUGUAACAUUCCUUCUCUCUGCAGAUUGCAAAACAACAGCAGCAACUAAUACAGCAGCAACACAAAAUCAAUGUACUGCAGCAGCAGAUUCAGGUACUGGUCUGCAUCUAAUGUUAAUAUCACUAUAUACUACUUUUUACAUGAAUAAUAAACACCCUCUCCCUGUUUCCAUGUCUCUUUUUGCAGCAAGUCAACAUGCCAUAUGUUAUGAUUCCAGCAUUUUCAACUGCCCAGACUGUUCCACCUGAAACACAGAUGGCGCUACCUAUCCAGCCAAUUCCUUGUAAGCCAGGUGCGCUCAUUACUAUUGUCUUGUGAUAUAGACUUGUGAAUACAGUGUAUUUAAAAACCGUAGUGGUCUGCAUAAAUAAAUAUAAUGGACUUAUUAUUUUCAAGGGACACCGCACAUUUCUAAAGCACUACAGCGUGCCGAAGUGAUUUGGGUUUGAAGAGUGCGUCCUCUUUUUUUCAAUAGAAAUCGACCCUUUUAUAAAGUAACCUGGUUACACCCUCCUGGCUGUCAACUGGUCCUGUUACUUCCUGGUUUGGUUAGCUCAGUGGAGCUAAAUUCAAGAGGAAGGCAACUACUCAGAGCACCUGCCUUGCAAAGACUUUUCACUGAGCUGCAUUGGGAAGUCUGUGAUUGGACAGUCACAGAAAGUCUGGGUGGGGUUAGAAAGGGAAAGGUUUGAAAGGUCAGAUAAGAGAUCUACCUCAAUGCUGUAAAAAAUUAAAUGCACUCUCUCUCCUCCCCCCCUCCUCAAUUGAAGGUAUAUUUACUAAAUAGUAAUUGAGAUAUAUAUAUUUAUAUAUUUUAUUAUUGGGGAGGGUGUACCGUGAAAUUUAUUUGUGGUCAAGGUUUUGGGCAUUAUAAGAUGUAGUGUUCUAAUUGCAUACUAGAAUUGAAUAUGUAGCACUCACAGAUUUGAACUUGUUUGAUUACAGUUGAAUUCUCCAUGCAGAUGCUUCACAACUCUUCCUCAGCAAGAGGUUCUACAGCCGGAAAACACCAGGUAUGCUCCAACAGGACAGUGACUGGGGAGCAAUGCGCUCACUUAUUAGAAUGGAUUUUUCAGCAUUGUCUUAUUGCAGGAACCGUCCCAGCCUCUCAACUUAACAGCCAAGCCUAAAAGCACUGCCUCAUCGCCAACAUCCCGUGCCUCCCCAGGGGGCAGCCAGGGAAGUGGUGGCAGUAGGGAUUCUGCACCCAGCCCACAGCGGGCAAACCUGCCUUUGGGUAAGGAUAAAAGAUAUGUCUGUCACUGUACAACCCUUCAUCACAUCUGAUAAUGCAUUUACCACACAAUAAAUAUAUGUGUGUGUAUGUGUGUGUGUGUGUGUAUAUAUAUAUAUAUAUAUAUAUAUAUAUAUAUAUAUAUAUAUAUAUAUAUAUAUAUAUAUAUAUAUAUAUAUACACACACACACAAUCCAGCGUACUUACUUAUCCACUAAACAGUAACUUCAAUGUUGACAGAUUUUAUUGUUUUAUUUAUUUUUAUAUAUAUAUAUAUAUAUUAUAUAUAUUAUAUAUAUAUAUAUAUAUAUAUAUAUAUAUAUAUAUAAAAAUAAACUGGUUAAAAUGAUAUAAUAUUUCUAUGUUUAAAACUGAAAAUUAGGUUAUAAAUUUUAACCUGGAAAUAUAUAUAUAAAUAAUGAAAAAACAAUUUAGACACCGUCCUCUCCUCUGGAAAAAAUAACACGUGUUGUUUUUUUUUUUUUCUGAGGAGAAGGUCCGGGGUUCUAGGAGAAGACUGUGUCUAAAAUUUAUUUUUUUAAUAUAUAUUUAUUUCUAAUAUAUCCAGAUUACAUUUUAACCUAAAAUCCAUUUUGGAUGUAUUAUUUCUCUCUUGUAUGGAUCGGUAACUCAUGUAUACAUGAAUUUCCUUUAUAUCACUUAGGGUUUUUGGGUGACGGAGAUGCAAUCACCAAAGCCAUCCAAGAAGCGCGACAGCUUCUCCAUGGCCAAAAUCCACCACCAGAUCAUCAUGAGCAUCACUACAGGAAGGUGAGUGAGUGUUCUACACUGAUCGUGGUUGUGGCAGAAAUGCCUCUGCCACGUGUUCUUGGAGGGGCCUGCUUGCCAGCCUCCUGCCAAAAGACUACGGGCCCUUUAAAAAUUUAUUUUUGUACUCCAGAAAGAGAGACCGACCGUUGGCCCUAAUUCCUUGGAACUGUUUUGGGCAUAGGACUAUGUGCAUGGUCGGUCAAAAUUAUGACCUCCAUGAAAAUCCCGAUCCCCUAAACUGAUCUGGGUGAUUUUUGGAUAUGUUAGCUUUUGUGGGGUUUCCAUGUGUUUUGAGGGUACUUCCGGAAGGUUGUUCAAAUGUGUGUUUUCUGUGCCUGGAGAUAAUUGAGUUUAGUACCGUUCCUGACUCUAUUAUCUCUCAGGCACAGGGGAGGGAUGACCCUGUUUUGUGUGGGAGUGUCCUGGACCUGACAGCCAAUGUAAGUAAAGUGUGUAUUUUGUCAUCGUCCCCUCUCAGGUCCAGUGGGGGAGUAAACCCCUUGCAUGGGGACCUGCAUAUAAGGCCAGUUGUGGCUACCAUUAAAGGAGUUCCUCUUCACCCUCAACAUAGAGCCUCGUCUCAUGUGUGGAGGGGACAGCUAUAUUCACUCUGGGGAUUGCUAUAUCCCUAUACUACCUUGGAUUACAACAUUAGCUCUUGUAAGCGCCAUCCUGCUAUACUCUCUGGAGUAAGAGAGGUGUACCCACUGGAAACGGAGUCCCUAACUUGGAUCCAGGGUAGGUGGAGGACAGUGAGACCCCAGCCAAGCUGCGGCGGCUAAGGGUCUAUGGUGGUUAUGGUGUUCCAGUGCGGUGCUUAUGGUGCUCGCAAGUACUAUGAAGCCGCGAUUGGCGGAGGCACCCAGUUGGGAUGCCAGGCGGUCCGUCACAGUGGUAAGAAAAGUGCUGCCAGAAAAGCAUGACAGAGUUCUGGAUAGAUGCUUUAGGAAAUUAUUAUAUAAUCUAAAAUGAAUUCAGGAAGCUGCACUCACUUAAACAGGCAUACUUUAUGAGCGUGCGGGAGACGGGGGAGACAUAUUUUAUACAUUUAUUAAUCAGGCACACAGUAUAAGCUUUUGCAGCAUUGGAAAAACUCAAGACAAAAAUUCAGUUCUAAGUCCCCCAGCUUACAUCAUACACACCGUAUGAGAAAUCUUUCUUCAUAGCUACAGGUAUAGGUAUUCUGAUGAAAAGCAAGAUAUGCAGCUUAUGGGCAGUAACACUCAGUUUGAGAAAGAGCAGUGGGUAAUGCAUGGUUAUUAAAGUCUACAAUGUAGUUACUUGAAGGGGGUUACCAAUUUUUAUUAAUACCAAACAUGCUGUGUUUUACAGGAGAUUUUGGACUCUUUGCCAGACAAGGAACUGCAGGAUGAGCAGCAGACAGAAGAAUCUCUGCUAAGAUCUGGCAUUGACGUUGAUGGUGAGGAUGGUGAGCAGUAAUGUAUGAUAUACUUUUUUUUUUUUUUUCAGUUUGAGAAAUGGGACACUUUCAAAGAACUCUGCCUUGCAGAUGAUGUCUCUCUACAUCUAUUAAUGGUCUCUAGAAUAUAGGUCUGCCAGAGCCCCCCCUACAUUAUGUAGCUGAACAGACAGAGCCUUUGGGGAAGUCCUAGCAGAAGGAUAAUUUCUGUAUACCUCAUUACAAAUGAGUUUGUUUUCUGGUCACUGUGUAAAGCAAAUGUGUCGUGUUAAAGUUUAUGAGUACCUUCCAUCCAGUGACAAAUGCUUGAAGUCUUGCGUUAUUAAUCCGUGUUUUUACUGUCAUCCAGGAUCUCGUCAAUUCCCAGAGGGACGAGGAAAUCACAUUAAGCGUCCAAUGAAUGCUUUCAUGGUAUGGGCAAAAGACGAGCGGAGGAAAAUCCUACAGGCAUUUCCUGACAUGCACAACUCCAGCAUCAGCAAAAUCUUGGGUAAGACCGCUUAAAGUGAACCUUUCACCAUAAUUUUUAUAAUAAAACAUAUACAUACAUAUAUAUAUAUAUAUAUAUAUAUAUAUAUAUAUAUAUAUAUAUAUAUAUAUAUAUAUAUAUAUAUAUAUAUAUAUAUAUAUAUAUAUAUAUACCAAAACAAUAUUUUUUUUGUAAUUUGUGGUGUUUUUUUUUUUCUUUUAAUUCCCUUAAAUAAUAUUUGGUUAAAACACAAGAAAUAUAAUGGGGAAAAUACUUAUUAACUAACCUUUCAUAUUCUGAGUUUGUACCCCAUUUCUUCAUUCAUUUCUCCAAAGCUGCCAGAACCAAAGGAAACUUAAAGGGAAAGCAUAAACACCAAAUUCACUUCAUAUAUGCUGCUUUUCAGCGUGGCAGUUGAAAACAAGGAAAUCUCUGAGAAACUGCAUGAUUUUCUUUAUACAGUUGUCAUUUAUACAGCUAGGGUCUUCGGACUAAAAUAGAUUCAAUAAGUGAAAUUAAAUCCAAUGUCAGCAGGGACGUUGGGUGUGUACGUAAGAUUUCUCCUAAAAAGCAAUGCUUCUUAGAAUAGAUGCAUACAGGGUUAUUUACUAAAGUGAGAAUUGUUAGGAAUUCAAAUAGAAUUUUUUUAAAUUUAAAGGAACACUAUAUAGGGUCAGGAACCCAAACAUGUAUUUCUGACCCUAUAGUGUUAAAACCACUAUUGAACACCUGUGUCCCCUCCUCCCUGUCGUCCUUUCUCCUCCCCCCCUCCCCCCCCAAAAAAAAUAAAUUUAUAUAUAUAUAUAUAUAUAUAUAUAUAUAUAUAUAUAUAUAUAUAUAUAUAUAUAUAUAUAAAAACCUUACCUUUAUCCCAGUCUGCUGCUGGCUCUGCCCCUGAUCUGCAUCCUUGGCUGACGUGUUGUUCUGAGCUUAUAGGAAAGUAUUGGAUUGGCUGAUAAUGUCAAGGAGGCAGAUCAGAGGCAGCACAAGCCAAUCUGCAUCUCAUCAUAGAGAUGCAUUGAAUCAAUGCAUCUCUAUGAGAAAAGUUCAGUGUCUUCAAGCAGAGGGUGGAGAUGAUGAAUGUCAAAGCUGCACAGUGUGCAGCACUAGAUAGGAAGCCCCUCUAGUGGUCAUCUGAGUGACUGGUACUAGAGGUGUUACAAGGCAGCAAUGUAAACACUACCUUUUCUCUUAAACUGCAGUAUUUACAGUGUUAACAAUGCAGGGACAUGCUAUAGACCCUAGAACUACAUCAUUAAGCUGUCUAAUUCUGCUGACUAUAGUGUCCCUUUAAUCCUAAACCUGUACCUGGCUUUACUGCUACCUUGUGUAAAUGCCACUUAGAACAGUGGUUACAUUUUUCUGUUGCAGGGCAAGGUUCAGGCUAAACAUUUACUUUUCGUACUGAAUAUGAUCUAUGAUUUGUUUUGCUGAUACCUUUGAUGAAAUCUGUUGGAUCCCUCCCUUUUAAAGAGUUGUUUUCUUAUUCCUUACAGGGUCCCGUUGGAAGUCCAUGACUAAUACUGAGAAGCAGCCAUACUAUCAAGAGCAGGCACGACUGAGUCGUCAGCAUUUAGAAAAAUAUCCAGACUAUAAAUACAAGCCUCGACCCAAGCGCACUUGCAUUGUGGAGGGGAAGAGACUGCGAGUGGGCGAGUACAAGGCUCUAAUGAAGAACCGCAGGCAAGACACAAGGCCUGGAUAUGUCCUUUCGUAAGUGUGCAAAAGACAAGUACUAUAAAUAGUGAAUCUGUAUGGGGAAAAUUACAAACUCUUAUCUUAUCUUACAAGACUUCUGUUCUGACCCUAGUCCGUUUAUAAAAUUUCCCAAUCGUGUAAGCAGAUUAUCACACAAUUGUCACUCUAAGCACCAUCAUUGCUUUUGUAUUAUUAUUGUUACUAUUGCGAACGCCACAAGCACAUUAGGCCCAUUCCAUAGGAAAGCAUUGAAUCAAUGGUUUCCUAAGGGGUUCUCACUGACGCUAGAUGUCCUCGGCAGAGCGUGAGGACGUCCGUAAUUUAAGGGACCUAGAUUCCGGCAAACUCAUGGAAGUGCCACUAGAGGCUGUCUAGUGGCAUUUAAUGUCCCUUUAACCUCCCGCUCUCUAGUCUCCAUGACUAUAGUGCACUAGGAGGAAAUGGCUGCAGCACAUUCUGCCUGUUCAUAUCCUUGUUCUAGUAAGGGGCAGAACUUUACUAUGAACGACUUAUAUUGCCAAAGAGUCAUCUGGAUGCAUGGCAUUCAGGCUAAAGAGGUGCAUAAAUAAUGUAGUUAAAUGGUUCAAUUAAAUAUUUUUUUGAGGCGAAAAAUCCAUUUAAACCAAGUAUCUACCAGUCCACGAGUAUUCUUUAUAUCCCAUUGCCUAAAAUGUGUCUGUGUAAUCUGAUAAACCUGUUGUAUGUCAGUGUUAAUUAUAUUUGCAUAUUCCAGAUCCUUUUCUAAGUUAUGUAGAACCAUGGUAUUUCCAGGACAAUAGGCAUUUUGGCUCUCUCUACUCUAUCAGUAUAGACAUUUUAUUUAGAUUUACAGUGCCUUGCAAAAGCAUUCACCCCCCUUGACUUUUUACCUAUUUUGUUACAUUACAGCCUUAAGUUCAAUGUUUCAUUAAUCUGAAUUUUAUGUGAUGGAUCAGAACACAAUAGUCUAAGUUUGUGAAGUGAAAUGCGAAAAAUAUAUACAUAAAACUAUUUUGUAGAAAUAGAAACAGAAAAUUGGCAUGUGCGUAUGUAUUCACCCCCUUUGUUAUGAAACCCAUAAAAAGCUCUGGUGCAACCAAUUACCUUCAGAAGUCACAUAAUUAGGUGGAAAUUAUGUCCACCUGUGUGCAAUCUAAGUGUCACAUGCUCUGUCAUUACAUAUACACACCUUUUUUGAAAGGCCCCAGAGACUGCAACACCUAAGCAAGAGGCACCACUAACCAAACACUGCCAUGAAGACCAAGGAACUCUCCAAACAAGUAAAGGACAAUGUUGUUGAGUAGUACAAAUCCGGGUAAGGUUAUAUAAAAAAAAAAAAAAUUUAAAAAAAAAUUAUCCAAAUCUUUGGUGAUCCCCAGGAGCACCAUCAAAUCUAUCAUAACCAAAUGGAAAGAACAUGGUACAACAGCAAACCUGCCAAGAGACAGCCGCUCACCGAAACUCACAGACCGGGCAAGGAGGGCAUUAAUCAGAGAGGCAGCACAGAGACGUAAGGUAACCCUGGAGGAGCUGCAGAGUUCCACAGCAGAGACUGGAGUAUAUGUACAUAGGACGACAAUAAGCCGUACACUCCAUAGAGUUGGGCUUUAUGGCAGACUGGCCAGAAGAAAGCCAUUACUUUCAGCAAAAAACUAAAUGGCACGUCUUGAGUUUGCGAAAAGGCAUGUGGGAGACUCCCAAAAUGUAUGGAGGAAAGUGCUCUGGUCUGAUGAGACUAAAAUUUUACUUUUCGUCCAUCAAAGAAAAUGCUAUGUCUGGCGCAAACCCAACACAUCACAUCACCCAAAGAACACCAUCCACAGUGAAACAUGGUGGUGGCAGCAUCAUGCUGUGGGGAUGUUUUUCAGCAGUUGGGACUGGGAAACUGGUCAGAGUUGAGGGAAAGAUGGAUGGUGCUAAAUACAGGGAUAUUCUUGAGCAAAACCUGUACCACUCUGUGCGUGAUUUGAGGCUAGGACAGAGGUUCACCUUCCAGCAGGACAAUGACCCCAAACACACUGCGAAAGUAACACUUGAGUGGUUUAAGGGGAAACGUGUAAAUGUGUUGGAAUGGCCUAGUCAAAGCCAGACCUCAAUCCAAUAGAAAAAAUCUGUGGUCAGACUUAAAGAUUGCUGUUCACUAGCGCAAACCAUCCAACUUGAACGAGCUGGAGCAGUUUUGCAAAGAGGAAUGGUAAGAUGUGGCAAACUCAUAGAGACUUAUCCAAAGUGACUUGGAGCUGUGAUUGCCGCAAAAGGUGGCUCUACAAAGUAUUAACUUUAGGGGGGUGAAUAGUUAUGCACAUUGACUUUUUCUGUUAUUUUGUCCUAUUUGUUUGCUUCACAAUAAGAAAAAAAAUGUUCAAAGUUCUGGGCAUGUUAUGUAAAUUAAAUGAUGCAAAUCCUCAAACAAUCCAUGUUAAUUCCAGGUUGAGGCAACAAAACUCGAAAAAUGCCAAGGGGGUGAAUAUUUUUGCAAGGCACUGAAUCUGCUUUGAACAACUUAAUGAUAUAAAGACAAGAUGCUAUUUUAGAGUUAAUGUUUUUUUGUUCUAUUUUUAAAAGAAUACUAUAAGCCGUGGAACAACUUUAGCCUAAUGAAGCAGUUUUGGUAUAUAGAUCAAGCCCCUGCAGUCUCACUAGUCCAUUAUCUUCCAUUUAAGAGUUAAAUCAGUUUAGUUUCUGCUUAUGCAACCCUAGCCACACCUCUCUUGGCUCUGAUUUACGGCUAACUUGAAAAAAUGGUUUCAUUUUCAAACAGCUCUUACAUGACAGCUUGUUUACUUUAAAAGUUAUCAUCUCCUAAACACACAGGAGGCUAACAGAGCAGGAGAUAAGACAUUCUAAAAUCAAACACAAUGCAGUUUAGGAACCUAAAAAUGUAGGCUCUUUUUCAGGAAAUGUGUGGAGAUGUGGCUAUGGCUGCAUUAACUCUUAAUUGAGCAGUGAGAGACUGCAGGGGAAUGAUCUGUACACCAAAACCACUUCAUUAAGCUACAGUUGCUUAGUGCUUACAGCGUCCCUUUAAUUGUGCAGAAUGCUUAUGUGUUUUUGGAGUGUGGAGUGGUUCGCUAAUGAAGUUGUGAAACUUUGAGCAAAGACCUUGCCUAGACCGAUUUAAAAUAUUGCCUUCUCUGAGAAACAGUAAUGUUUUUUUUUUAUUUGCUGAAAACCUGCUUCUUGUGGCUUCCCUCUUCAAGACAUUUUUACAUAAUUCCCAGUAUUCUGUGUAUUCCUUUACUAUUGACUACAUGGAUGUGCUUUUAAAUAAGUGGAGCACAGCGGCAGGAAUUGUGUGCCAUUCUGUGUAUUAAUGUACUUCUCCCCAUGUCACAUCCUAGUGGCAGAAAGUGGGUUUGAAUCCGCAGUGAGAUGCUGUAACACGUUUGCAUGAUCUUGCACUCACUGCCUGGAUCCUUUCCUGCGUGUACAAAUACCUAAUUGUACUGGCGUAGAGUGGUGAAAAAAAUUAAUUUCUCUUAAUUCUCCUGUCACAGAUCUCCAGGAUCAAUGCAGAGUCCCCCAUCACCAUCUGGAUUCCAGCCACAUUCCAUAGCCGGGAACAUGAACCAGCAUGCCACCUCUAAUCUCUACCAGUCUGAUAGUAACCUGCCAAUCAUUCUCAACACACAAAGCUUGCAGCCUCACGAGCCAAGGGGAAUGAAGCCAAGAAGUUGCGACCGCUACAGUGACUCUGAGGACUCUGGGAAGAGUGAUGGGGAAUUAGUGGUGAUCACAGACUGAAGGAGCCUUCUUAAAGUGGCACAAACUUUAAUUUCUUUAAUAUUUUAAGGCGAGAGCAUCUCACGACGAACCCCACAGGAGCACUGAUUAGAAGAGUCUUUUCAUUGGCUCUUUCAGUUAACCAUUCCUAUGAUGACAAUCCUGGUCUAAGUACAUUGUAGCCCACGCUGUAGUAAAUUCAUAAAACAUAUUCGUAAUCUUUGAGAUUAUGAAACUCUUAAUAUUAUGAAAAAUAACAUUAGAAGAGGUUUUAUACUCUUUUAAAAAAAAAAAAACUAAAAAAAAACAGGGCUAUUUGGAAGUAUGAGAUCAAGAGCUAACACUCUUUUGGCUGGAUUCUAUUAUAAGAGAUUGUAAUCUGAAUAGUAAUUUUCCCACAAAUGUCUAAGGGAGAUCUACUAUUCUGUUACCAGAGUUCGACUUUUCUGUUGCAGUAUAAUAUAAUCCAGCCCUACUUGUCUAAUGAAGAAUGGGGUGAUAUAAUGCUGAUGUUCAUAAUCUCUAUAAAAAUAAGUCUAUACUUUUCUUGCCUACUAGGUGUACACGACAUCGGAGAGAUCAUCUAUGCUCUCUCUCUUGUCUAACAACUGUUUUGGGAGGUGUACAAUCAUUUCUUUACACCCCCCAAAGUGCCUUACUGGAUGAACCGAAGGAGUAUGAUUUAUCGCUCAUGUGCAGAUCUCAUUAUACACAAUAAUUACAUAAAAUAUAUGUAUAUUUUUAUAUUUCUGUAAAUAUAGUUCAUAGAGAUGUCUUUUUAUUUUCUGUUUUUGGUUUUGUUUAAUGAAGAGUAACUUAAACUGGAACUAUCUCCCCCUAUUUCCCCAACUUAUUACUGUGCAGGAAAAAAAAAAAUUAAUAAUAAACCUCUUCUGUGACAACUGCCUCUUAUGUGUAGCUCAAACAAACAUGAUUGGAUGCAUUCACAAAAUCAAUGCAAGGAUAUAUGUUAUAUGAUUAAAUAUUCUUUAUAUACAAA